AUUGCCGCGGGGUGGGUGCGGGGAGGCGGGCCGGGCGGCGAGGGGGAAGAGCGGCGGCGGCGAUGGAAUGUCACGUGGCAGGGGCGGAGGGGGUGUGGCCCUAAUUUUUUUUAAAGAGCAUGUCACGUGGCUAGGCGGGGGGGCGGGCGGGCGAUAGAAGGGAGGGUGGGGAGAGAGAGCAAGAGUAAGAGCGUCACGUGAUGCCGGAGGCCCGGAAAGCUCUGAGGUGGAGCUGAGCGUCUCCUCCGUCCGCCAUUUUCCUGCGGCGACCAGCUGUGCAUGUGUGCGUGAGGGAAGGAGAAGGGAGGCUUACGGUGGUGGCGGCGGCGGCCGAGCGGCAGGCCGCGGUAGUGGUCGAGGCCGAGGAGGCGGGGAAAGAGGAGGAGGAGGAAAGAGGAAGGAGGAGAAGCCUCUUCCCGGGUGACAGGCCCGGCCCUUCCGAAGGCGGAGCGCUGCCGGGCGUCCUCAGCGGCCGCGGCGGCGUUGUUGAGUCCAGCCGGGACCGCCCUCCUUUCCUCCCUCCCUCCCUCCUUCCUUCCUUCUCCUUCUCCUCCUCCUCCUCCUCCUUUCCCCGUCCCUGCUUCGCCAGCCUGGUUGAGGAAUAGCAGCGGCAGCGGAGUGUCUCUGAAUCCGGCACCGCCAUGUCUGGGCAGAGCCUGACCGACCGCAUCACGGCGGCGCAGCACAGCGUGACCGGCUCGGCCGUGUCCAAGACCGUCUGCAAGGCCACCACGCACGAGGUGAUGGGCCCCAAGAAGAAGCACCUGGACUGUGAGUCGAGACGGACUUCUCUUCGCUCUCUCUCUCUCUCUCUCUCCCUUUCUCCCUCCCCCCCCCCGCGCCCCGACCUUCGCCAUUCUCGCUGUCGCCUUCUCUGCCCUCCCCGCCAACCUCCCCAAGCAGCUCGCUGCCCGUCCAGGCCCGGUUUUAUUCGCCGGCCAAAUACUGUACUUGGAUUGCAGUUCCUGUGCUUUGCUACAAUAUCUCAACGUAGGAACGAACACCUCCCCCCCCUUUUUCUACUCCCACUUUUCCACCAUCCCCUCUGAAAUGAGAGAUGAAACGAGACGGCCCCCUGUUCUGGUUUUUACUCAUUUCAUUUAUUUAGCCUAUUAGAUGCUUGGUUUCCAAACGACAUACAUACGUAUAAUAUAUAUAUAUAUAUAUGCACACACACACACACACACAUAUAUACAUAUGUGUUUGUGUGUAUGUGUGUGUAUAGAUAGAUAGAUAGUACCUACCAUAUAUACACACAAACACUCACUCUACUAUAAGGGAAUAAAAAGGAGAUCAUAUGGUACAUUAAUAUAUCGUGUAACAUGACACUUAAGAAAUGUGUUCAGUUCUGCACAGCAUCACCCCCCCCCCCAGUUUUAAUUUUUACUUUUUUUCUAUGAAGCUUUAUACCCUUCUUUUCCCACAGUGUUUGACACCCUUUCGUCUUAAAUUAAGGAACCUGUUACCUCACAGUGUGAUUUUGGGCAGUUACUUUAGAAUAUACGUGUAAUUGGUUUAGAAAGGAAGGGUCUAUCAGUGGCUUUUAGCCGAAUGGUUGCUGGCACACAAAAGUGGGGAAUGGUGAUUGUCUUCAUGCAGACUUCCUGGACUAGAUUGGAUUUUGGUUGGACCUAGUAAGACACAUGUUGUGUUCUUCAACUUUGGUCCCCAAUCUUUCAGUGGUUUUCUACUGUGUCAUCUCUUAAAACGUUUUUGAUCUGUUGGGAAUCAUAUCAUUGCAUUCUCUUGAUACCCCCCCCCCCCCGCAAAAGUACAGUAUCUACUGUAACCAGGCCAAACCAUUGAAUUGUUAGUUGAUCUCCUCCGGAUGUUUAACCAGUGCAACUUCAAUAUUAGUACCAUUUUAGCCUAUUGAAAGAAGUAUAAGGAUUAAUGAUUUAAUUAGCUACAGCUGCUGCUUGUUUCCUGGCUAUUUUAUUUUUCUUCCUAUUCUAAUGGUUUGUCAGAAACAGUAUAGCUGCUGCUGAUAGUAACAAUAAUAACUCAUUUACUGAAUUGGUUAACUAUUAGACUAAUCUACCAAUCAAACCAAUUAAAGUUUCAGUACAACCAUUAUCCUUAGGCAUUUUUUUCCAGUGUGACACUGAGUAGUUCACCACUUCCUUUAUGAAACUUGCCUUUGUUAUUUGAUAUGCUACAUCUUUCCCUUGGCACUGUAAUCUUCCUCCUAACUGAUAAAUGAAGCACACCUCCUGAUAUUUGAAAUGUCUCAAACCUGCUUUCAUUCUCCUGACAGUCUCUGUAUAUGUAAUUUGAGCCUGUCUCCCUUACCUUGUUACUUAUUUCAGGUUUCUCUUUCCAUUGUACCCCUUGUCUAGUGUAUAAAUCAGGGAUAGCGAACCUGUAGCCUUCCAGAUGUUACUGGAUUACACUUCCUAUCAUUUGUGGUCAUUGGCCAUGCUGACUGGGCUGAUGGGAACUGAUCUAACAACUUCUGAGGAGUCAUUUCUCAUUCCUGCUAUAGAACGUGACUUUGGCAGCAACCACUUACUACUACUUCUGUGGCCUAGCUGCUCAUCUUCAGGAAAUUCUGCUCUGAAGAGGAACUGACCAUCUACUUCUGCAUUGAAGUUACAUUGUAUCAAGAUUUUAAAUGUUGAAGUACAUAAGUAGUGCAAUUGUAUCUUUAGCUUUGACAGCUUUCUGAGAAUAAAAGUUUUCCAAAUUGCAGUUUAGAAAAAUAACAACCUUCUUGCCAGGGCUGCUUGCAGAAAAUUCUCAGAAUGUUUGAGUUUUGCAGACUGUAUAUGUCUAAGUGGACAUGUAUGUCUCUGUACAUACAUGAGAGAUAUCACCAGUAGUUGGGAGUCUCUUAAAUUGAUUCUUCUGUACCCUGGUUGAAGUGAGAAAGGUUUGGGGAAAUGACUGCUUAGAAGUUGGAAUGAUGUUUAUGCCAUCUUGGCACCUUUUGUUAAAGCUUGAAAUAUGGUCAUGUUAAUUUAUUGCGACCAAAUAAACAUUUAAGCACUUGAGGGUCCAGCUGUGGGAUCCACUGUUCAUCUUCAAAUGUCUCCAUACUCAAGCAGCUUAAUAAGGGACUACUAGCUUGUGACCCUUCAGAUGUUCUUGCACCUGAGCUUCCAUCAUCCCUGACCUUUGGUCAUGCAGGCUAAAGGUAAUAGGAGCAGGAAUUCUGUAACAUCUUGAGGGUUACAGGUUAGCCACCCCUAAAAUUUGUAACCAUCCAUUUUGCGGGGUGGAUUGAGGCAAUGGAAUUUCACUUUGAGUCUGGCACCUCACCCGUUGAUAAUUCUGGCUGCCUCUAAUGUGAGAUCCCCAAGGAAAAAGCUAAUAUGUAGUAUCCCCAAAGGCAUCCCUGCAAGCAUCUUCUUUGUAUUCCUUGCCUAUCGUAGUUUCAUAAAGUUGUGAAUGCCACUUUAAGGUACUUAGUUCCUCUUUUGAGGGUCCUGUCAUUUGUUUCAUUUCCUACUUUGUAAUAUGAUGGAGAUGUCUAUGCACUUUUUAAGUUACAAGUUUGCAUAGUGAAAAUAAGUUUGAAGUCUUCUGCUUUUUAAUGGGUGUGUGGGCUCAGUAUUGAAGUAAGUGGGUUGCAUGUGACUGAUGGGAAUCUUAACAUUAUGAAGCUCUUAAUAGUCUGAUAUCACCAGGCUUUGAGCAGCACCAUAAUGGAAGUAAUUUUUAAUUCUGCUGUAUUAUCAGGACUGUUGUGUUUUGUAUGUUUAUGAAAUUGUCCUAUGAAUGUAGAACCUGAUAGUGGGUGCAAAUUUUGGUACCCACUUUGAGGGUUUUUUUUAUAAAAAAGGCGAGCUUUCUGUGCUCAAGUUGCAACCAACCACUUGGGAAACAUACUUCAUAUGAUGCUUUAUCCUAUGAUGCUUAUUCCUUACUUCAUGCAUUCUCCAUUACAGGUAAUUGACCCCAAACUCCAUGUUCUUUUAUUCUAUUUACCUCUGAUUCCUUGUUCAUUAAACCCCCCCCCCACCAGAUUCUUAUGAAAAAGAGUGCUUAUGUGAAAAUAUAUUAGUUUCACUAUUUAGGUUUUUUUGGCAGUUUUAAAAAUAUAUAAUACAUAGAAUUACCAUUGACAUAAAAGGCUGAUGGAACAGCUUGGAGAGGUUCCAUGCAUGCUCUUACAUUUGGUUUGAGAAGAUUUUUUAAUGCGCAUCUGAACAGCAGGUGCAUGAUAUGUUCUUUGAAAUUUUCCUUUAGAAAUCUCCUGAUGGCAGAUGAAAACAAACAUCCUUAUCUGCCUGGAAGAGUGAUCUGCAGCUGUAGAGAGUUCCAGCUGGUUUCUUAUCACUUGUCCUACAGAUGUUUCAAAGCCUGGUCUCUGCUUUAAAGCUUUUGAACCGGGGGGGGGGGUUAGCUUGCUGCACCCUGCCAGUUUUAGAAGUAGAGGACAAAUUGUUGGGUUUAUUCUUUUAUGUUUGACAAGCAGGUAGAGUACUCAAGUUUGUGGUUCUGAUUUGGAAAGAUUGCACUAACACAGGCUUCCUCAAACUUGGCCCUCCAGGUGUUUUGAGACUGCAGUUCCCAUCAUCCCUGACCACUGGUCCUGCUAGCUAGGGAUCAUGGGAGUUGUAGGCCAAAAACAUCUGGGGGGACAAGUUUGAGGAAGCCUGCACUAACAGCUGUAGGUGUUGCAUGCCAUAAUCUCUUUGGGAAGACCUGGUGGCUUAAAUCUUGUUCAUAUGCAGUGGCAUAGUAUGGGGAAGCACAGGGGCGGUUGCCCUGGGCACAAUGCCACUGAGUUGCAGUGGUCCUGAAAGUGUUGCAUGACUGGAAAGGAGGUGGCUUCCUUUCCAAUUCCUCCACUGCUGCGAUGGAUCACCAAAUCAGAUCCAUGUCCUUUGCUUACAGGUGCUGUGCACCACACGCUUCUCGCACAAUUGCUGGCACUGCUGGAGCACCCAGUGGGAACAAAGAGGUGGCCAGAUGAGCCUUGAUUGGCAGUGUGUUGGCUCCUGGGUUGGACUGGCAGAGCUUCUUGUGAGUGCACUAUGGAGAGCUGAAGUGGCUGGUACAGGGUGAGUUGUGGCGCCUGAGGAGCUCUAGUUGAGCGGUUGGAGUCUGCAUCCAGCACCUCCUGGGGAAGCCUGUACCUCAGAGUUUAUGCUAAAAAUGGGGGAGGAAGACCCAUGGCAACAUGCUAUCCCCUUUCCCCAAUUUUGCACCUUGCUCUGGGUGCUGGCAACCCACGCUAUGCCAUUGUUCAUAUGUAAGGUCUGAGCACUAUAUGUGAUAUUGGAAAGAAAAUUUCAGCCAAGUCACAUUGUUAUGAGAUGGUGGGAGAAUGGCUAUGCUUUCUCCUUAGCAUGUAGUUUACUGGCUCACUAUUGAUUCAUGAAUGUGAUGAUGUUGUACUCUGCUUGUGGCUAUACUGUAGCUUUCAUUGCUUAGAGCAGCCUUUCUUAUCCUGGUGAUACUGAUGCUCUUGACCACAGUUAUCACCUUCCUGGACCAUUGGCCAUACUUUCUGGAGCUGAUGGGAGUUGUAAUCUCAGAAAUCCUGAGAGGCAACAGGUUGGGGAAGGCUGGUUUAUAGUUAUCUGGAGAGAGCUGGCAGAUGGUUCUGUCUUCCUUUUGCAGAGUUGGAAGUGGAGGAGGAAGAUUUAGUCUUUUUUUUACACUAAAGUGUGUCAUAGCAACUUCCAAAGGAAGUAGAUUGCCUUUAGUCUCCUUUAGACUAUCUUAGAAAACUUGUUUGCUAGUACCCGUAACUAUCACUAGUAAUUUCCCUUUAAGAUAACUUUUAAGUACAGUGGUACCUCGGGUUACAUACACUUCAGGUUACAUACGCUUCAGGUUACAGACUCUGCUAACCCAGAAAUAGUACCUCGGGUUAAGAACUUUGCUUCAGGAUGAGAACAGAAAUCGUGCUCCAGCGGCGUGGUGGCAGCAGUAGGCCCCAUUAGCUAAAGUGGUGCUUCAGGUUAAGAACAGUUUCUGGUUAAGAACGGACCUCUGGAAUGAACUGAGUACUUAACCCGAGGUACCAUUGUAUUACACAAAUGAAGGCCUGGAUUCUGAGUGAGGUAUUCCAUCCUAUUUAAUGAAUGUGUCUUUUUGGUUUCUAUAUUUUAAAAGCAUCUCUAGUAGUGUAACUGUAUUCAUGUGAUGGUUGUUGGGUCAUUCUCAAUAUGGUAUUGAUGGUAAGAUGAGGUGUAGCUCUGUCUAGGGUGACAAACAAUGCAUGUCUCUGAAGUGUGUCUGACACAGGCUGCUAAACUAUGCCAUCUCAGAGGUAAAUCUUAGUGGAUUCCUUGGGGUUUACUCCCAGGUAACUGGGAUUAGGAUUGCAGUUUUACUAGCCCAAUUAAAGUACCUUGCAUUUAUACAUGUAUUACUAUUAAAACUACAAGGGAGGGUGCUCAGAUAUUUAGCAUUCAAUAAAAAGCCCACAUUGACUCAGAUUGGUGAAUUUAGUUUUCUAAGGUUCUCUUGGCAACGAAGUAAAAACUUUAUGAAGGCUUUCAAAGCUGGAAUCGUGGAGUUCAAGGAGAAACAUCUGGGUUUAUGAAUGCUUUGGACUUCUAAAGCCUGAUUGCACAGUGUUCUUCCUUAUUUGCUCUCUGUAAGCAGCAUGUGGAUACUGAAUGGCUAAUCCCUUAACUGACAACAUUCAUUUGAUACUAAAAGUAUUCCAGCUUCCUAGUAAUGCCUUUUACCAUAUGGUCUGCUGCCUCUGAAAUCCUGGGAUUGAAAAAUUCUUCCUUUACAAUCUUCCACGAUACCAAGCACCGAAUUUUCCUUCCUUGCUUGCUUAAAGCAUCAUUAGUUGAGGAAAUAAAAGUAUUCUUAUGUGUACAUUAUAUGUUUAGAUUGUCUUGUGUCUCAGUUAUAAUUGCUUUGUGGGUUGGAGUGGAAGAGGAUCUAAUUCUAUAGGGGAGAAAAUCUCUUGUGGAGAUGGUCUGGCACAGUCAGCCUGGCAGUGUUGUUCUCCUUUCACAGGAAUUCUUGGAAGUUGGGCCAAACCUGAAUUUUGUAAUUUGUACAGCUGCUCAAAUUGGGAUUGACUGUAUAACUUCAGACCUCACACACUUUAAUAUUUAAAUUACAACAUGUGGAAUUAUUCCAUGAAGUUUUUGGAGAGCAUUUUAUUUGCUGGAUUUGAUGCUUGUUUCCUAGAAGGCAUGUGAAAACUCCUUCAAGUAUAAAAUAAGAUUUAUUGUUUCAAAUUACCAAUGCCAACAUUCAGGAGGGAAAUUGAAAAAGUUUUGUCUUAUGUCAGGAUUAGGUAUAAUCAGCUCCUAACCUGCAUUGCCCAUCUCAACGCAAAUGAACCACUGUAUAGUAUAUUCAAACAUAAAGAGUAAAAAACAACUGUUUGAAAGUGCAAUCCAAAAGUUACAGCACACACUGGAGUGUAAAGUAUGAGUAGACAUUGUAUUCCAGCAACUGAAACUCUUCAUUAUUCUAGAAAAAAUAUGCUGUUUCAUGAAAUCACAAUUAAAUGACAUCAUGUAAAACCUUUUUUGCAGACUUGGUUAUUGACAAGUAAGGUAGCUUUGGCCUCAGUUCAGCUUAGUGGGGAGCAUUGUUGCUGAGAUGUAAUUAUCCUAGUUUAAAAGAUUUUCUGUCUUAACAAUAUUGCUAUUAGAAUACUGUCACAUGCUCUAUGCUACAGGGAAAACCUGAGAGGAGGUAUUGGCGAAAAGUUUUCUAAUUCCUUUCAAACUUAAAACUGUGUUCCCUGAUUUAAUAUCUCUCACUGUAAAACAGUUCUAAACUAUUAAUAUAUCUGCAUGCACAAUACAUGUAGAUUUAUGUUUCCUACUGAAUCCUUCAAUCACAGGGCUGUCAUACAUAACUGCUCUAGUCUGUGUUCAUCACAAAAAGGCAGAUUGGUCCACAGGAUCUGAUAUCAAAUCCCGUUUGAGCUGUGGACUAAUUGGCAACAGACAAAUCACGAUCUUUCUCAGUUUCGAAUCAGAAGGAGGAAUAAUGACCACCUUGUUGCUUUUUUUUAAGGCAUGUGCAGCAUUGUAAAUCAAACAUAGCAGUAGCUAAUUCUUUUUUUUUUUCCAAGCAGUAGCUAAUUUUAAGCUCAGGCAGCUGGUCUGUUACAUCAAGAGCUUUCUGUACUACUGUAUAUACAGCUCACCUGGCUCGUGCAUAAUAUGUUGUUAAGGCAACAAUAUUUUUGUGUUUCUGGCUGUUCCUUUUAAUAUUCAAAGUACAAUUUCACCUCACUUUAAAAAAGCUUUCUUUGAAGGCAACCCUCUCCCCAAGCUUCCAAGAAGUUCAUGAUCAAGCAUUCAUUUCCCAAUACUGAAAAUGUUUUGGCAGAGUAUUGGGCGCAAGAGAUCUCAUUUGAAAUUGCGUCGUGUAGCAAGAGGGUGGACCCUACUGCUAGAGAAAGCGAAAUUAAGUUGAAGGAACUCAGCUACUGUAAACACAGAGGAGAGGGGAGUGCAUGAGUCAAGACUUGCUACGGCUCAUGAAACGUUGAUCAGAAAUUGUGCUGGGUAUCUGUUGUAAUGUGGGUGUCAAAUAAAGUAACAAGAUGUGCUUAAUUCAUUGUGGAAAAUGAGGAUGGUAAAAUGGACCUGCAACAUGCCUACUUCUAUUGGGCAUCUGUAAAAGAACUACAUUGCUUAGUAUCACCGUUGACACAGUUUGUGUUGAGUCUCUCAUAUUUUAAUCAUUGGCAACUUUGAGGCUUUGCUGUGGUUUGCAGCACUGCUUUAUUUUGCUUAAAAUGUUGAAAAUAUUUUGUUCCAUAAGUAAAACUAACUAAAACUUCCUCUAAAAUCAGUUACGACAACUAGACAGAUUUUUUUCAACAUCUCCCCCCUUCACCAUUUUUGAAAUAUUCAAUUAACUCUUAAUAUUUUAGUCAGGGUUGAAAUAGACUCGGAUAUCAUCUCAAAUAUUUAAUUUUGUUUGAUGUAAACUGGGUUCUGAUUUUUUUAAAGAAAUGAAAAGCAGUGUAUAAGUACUUGAAAUAAAUUGAAAAAAAUUAAAAAAUGAGAUUAGAAUAUUGUCUGAUGCUGUGUUAAUCCAGGUAUAGGAGAUGAACUAAUUAUUUAGGUAGAAAACAAUCUUAUCCAACAAUAGAUAACUUUUGUCAGUUGCCUAGCAAUAAAUAAAAUCUAGAAUCCAUCAACACUUCUUAUAAUGAAUAAAUCCCUGACAGAGUUUAUAUUCCUUGAUUAGGCACCUGUUAACAUUAUUGUAUUGUGUUUCAUGCAGCAAGGGUGUGCAGAAAAAUCUGAAUCCUGGAUUCCUGGUUUACAGCAUCUUUCAAGCCACUUCUCUACAUGCUUGUUUCACUUAAUACUGCAUAGAUAACAGACUAUGUAAAGUUCCUGAGUGGCGCCCUGUGACUUGGCAAAGGGCAAACCCAUUUGGCUCUGUAUUCUUGGUACUUUUUGGUGGUUAAAUGGACAGUACCUAGGGCAUGAAGUCAGCCAAGGGUUUAGGUUAGGUUUUAGGUUUCAGCCUGCAGCCCAUAUUAGAUUAUUACCCCAUGGUACUGUAGAACCUUACACUUCUUUCGUGCAGAGGUGCUUAUUUCUGUUCUUGCAUAGUAUGUGUGCUACAAUUUUAAUUUGAGAUCUUUUUUUGGCAUGGCACUCAAGGGACAAGGAAUACUUAAAUGUUCCCAGCUUCUGAGCUACACCUUUCCAUAUUCAGGUCAGUGGUAGUCAAACAGGCUCAUAAGUAAUCUCAUUCCAGCUUGAUUAGAUAUUGAUGAUGAGCAUAAUGGAAACUGUAAAACUAGCACUGAAGUAUUGUGUUUAAAUGUCAAGUAUAUGCUUAUUCUCUAUAUGAAAACUUGGGCAAAAUAUGUGUACUGCAGCGGCAACUACUAAAGACAAUUUUUUAUUUUUUUUAAGGAAAAACUGGUUUAAGAAAACUAGAGGCAUGUUCAGGUAUUUGUCUGACCAUGUGAACAUUUAAAGUGUGAAUGCACAUGCAGAUGUCACCCCAAUGUCCUUGUGUACCUCAUGCUUCCCCGGACCCUGACCUUCACUGUGUUAAACAGAGGUCUUCUAUUUGAGUUCUGUUAAAUGUUAUUAGGCAUACACACACAUACCAUAGUAGGGGUGGAGAUGAGGGUCUCCGUUAAAACAGGGCCGCUGAUCAUGCAAGGCAUUUUACAUGAGUUACUUGAGUGAUAGUGUGUAAAGCCCCCAACAGAGUCCUUUCUGACCCUUGUUCUUUCCAUGAUAGUUUUGUAAAGCUAUGAACAACUUCAUGCCACAUCUGCUAGGAUAUUUUCUGCAGUGUUGGUUUUACUUAUAAUAGCUAUCUGCCUGCCUUGGGCCUAACUAAAUGUCCUCAGUCCUGUAUACCUGAAGGAGCAUCUCCACCCCCAUCGUUCAGCCUGGACACUGAGGGCCUUCUGGCAGUUCCCUCAUUGCGAGAAGUGAGGUUACAGGGAACCAGACAGAGGGCCUUCUCGGUAGUGGCGCCCACCCUGUGGAACACCCUCCCUUCAGAUGUGAAGGAAAUAAGCAGCUAUCCUAUCUUUCAAAGACAUCUGAAGGCAGCCCUGUUUAGGGAAGUUUUUAAUAUUUAAUGCUGUAUUGUUUUUAACACUCAAUUUGGGAGCAGCCCAGAGUGGCUGGGGAAACUCAGCCAGAUGGGCAGGGUAUAAAUAAUAAAUUGUUGUUGUUGUUGUUGUUGUUGUUAUAACUAAAUACUACUUUUUUGUUCAAUAGUUGUUAGCUGUACAAUGAGCAGUCCUAAAGAGUUAAUGUCAUGGCAAAUUUUUGUUACACCUUGGUAUAAACAAGCAGUUAAGAUUUGAGGGCUUCUUAUUCUGUGGAUACUUUAUAUGGGUCAGUUAAGGCAUUUGCUGUCUUGGGUGUAUGGAUGCAUGUUCUUUAAGACUAAAGCCUACAGAUUUUUGGCUUUGACAGGUUACUAGUGGCUUUGGGCCCUCUAUAAUGGUGUUAUUGUUGGACCCAUGACACUAUCAAUACAAUUAUUGAAGCCCUUAGACUCAAACAAAAACAGGAUUUUCCCUGCCUUAAAAAUCAACGCAUUGUAUGCCAACAUGUGUCAGUUAUACUCCAUAUGGAUGGAACUACUUUCUGACAAUUACGCUUUUCAUGAAAGCAAAGCAAUUUCAUAUUCAUAAUACUCUGUCAUUAAUUCUUUGACUUAGUGUGAAAUCCUUGUUGCAAAUUAGAUAUUUCAGACUUUGUACUUUGCAUGCUUGGCUAGGGCAUCUGGUGGGCUACAGGUUUCCCAUUCUUGACUUAGAUAUAUUUCAGAUGCUGCUGCAAAGCAAAACUGUCUACUUUAUGCUUGAAAUGAUAGUCUGAUUUACUACUUCUUGACGGAGUUUUUACCUGUUGAGUACUGCUCCUGCUGGAUAGUAUUUUGAUGCAAUUCUGCAGUUUGCUCAGCUAAAUAAAAUUACUGGGUUCUGUUGCAAAAUGAUGCCAAGAAGGAUGCAAGGAAGGUAGCUCUGUGGGCAGAAUGUGGUAUUGUAACACUGGAAGCCAAGUGAUGAAAGACUUGCCAAUAGUACUCAGAGCAGAAGCAGCAUACUUCUUGUAAAACACCUUCUUAGAUUACGUUUCUGUUAUAGUAUGUUGGUUAAUUGUAAUUGGCUCCUUGAAAUAUGGCCACACCAAAUGGCAUUGUUCCAGAAACCUGCUGAAUCUUGGUAUGCAGAGUCGAUACCAUCAGGGAGGUUGUACAUUGUCCUUUCUCAUAUGCCCAUUAAUCUUACCAUGAAAGUAUCUGUCAAUGAUUAUUUAGGAUAUCUUGUUUUAAGGCUGGUGGUUUAACCUGUUGCAUACUUCAGUGCUGCUGUGCAAAGCAAUGGGUUAAUAAUGAUCUUUAGGAAGAGCGAUAAGUGAUUGUUUUAAUAUUGGAGGACUCCUGAGGCCCUGACGUUAAAGAUUUGUGCAACAAUACUUGAUUAGCAUAGGAUUUUCAAGUCCUCCUUCUUUGUCAGGCAAGCCAGGGAUAGACAAAAUAUCGAUCUUGAUCUGCUGAUUGACUGUUUGGUUAUUUGUGGUAUAUCAACAAGGAUUUAUGCCUCCCAGUUGUUCAACAAGAGUAACAACAACAAAAUGACUCUUCCCUGGCCUAAAUUUUAUAGCUGAAAUGAUGGAAACUUGGGAUAAGCAGGAGGUUGUUUGUUUGUGUGUGUGUGGUAAUAAGUUCCAUUUUUAUUUUGGUGAUCAAAACAAACUCCUGGACACAGAAUUUAAUUAUUUAAGUGCUUUUUUGCCCCAGGCUUUGGUUGAUGAACCUCAAGGUUUUAGAACAAAACAAUCCUGAUCCUGCAAGCCUGAAGUCUGCCCACCUCUGAGGCAAGCCACCUCAAACUUGGGUCAGUAGCUGCCUCUGGUAUGAUGAGUUAAUAAAAAGUGGGGUAGGAGAAGCUGAACCUUUUUCAUGUUUGCCUAAAGGGCCUCUUAAAUGGCAGCUUUAUUCUGUUUGCCUUUCCCAGUUUUAUUUAUUGAGAGCUGAUGCAUAGUGCAGCAUGUGGUAACUUUAUCUCUGCAACAAGUUUUAAUCAUAGCAUAUAGUACUGCACAAAAUAUUGGCUGUCUACCAGCUGAUCCCUUAUUUAAACCCAGAAAAUGAUAAAUCUCCCUAGCACAAUUUAUAGCUUGAGAUAAAAAGAAUACAGCAAAGAAUAUUGUGAAAAUCAGAAAAGAUAAAAGCAGUUGGACUUUUUUGAUGUUAAUGUUGAAAAAGACAAUAAAAUGGCUCAUCAAUGUUAAAAAACAGAAAUGUUUUUGAAAGGUAGACCAAUGUGUGUGGUGCUUCAAAAUACUGAGGAGAGACUUUGUGUUGUGACAGUGGACUACUAGACAGUGCAGAAGAGCCUAAUAAAAAAAAUAUAUUAGCUGAAAAAGGCCCAUCUAGUGCAGCUUCCUCUUCCUGCAGUGGCUGACUAUGGGAAGUCCAUAAGCAGGACCAAGAGCAACAGCACUCCCUCAUUCAUUUUCUGAUAGUGGAGGUUAUAAAUAGCCAUCAUAAGUGGGAAACAUUGAGAACCGUUUUUCUCGUUCCCUGCUUUAUGUAACAUGGUAUCUGAUAAAUUGUCCAACUAUGGAUUUUGGAUUUACCUAACUCAAGAUACUCCUUUGGCCUGCAUUUGUACUCAGACGUUUGAACAAGGGAACAAAGCUGGGUUUACUGAGGGAUGCCCCAUUUUGAAUAAAAGUAAGUUAUCUGGUUUUUCAUUCCAUUUUUUUGACAGUCUCUUAUGGAAGUCAAAUCGUGUACUGGAAAAACCGAUUAUGGUAACAGUAUAUCAUACCAGCAGCAAAAUUACAAUAGACCACAAACACAUUUUGACUAAUCUUACAUUUGGCAAAUAAGUCAGCUUCUGUCAAUAGUUAAAAACCUUUUGGGAAGAUCUUUAGUAUUUGGAAGACCCCCUCAUUAAUUAACUGUUGAUGUUCAUGUGCCUUGAUUUUGUGUUCAUAGAAUCAUAGAACUGUAGAGUCGGAAUGGUCUUGGAGGAUCAUCUAGUCCACAGUUAAUCACAGUUGUGGUGGCCAAGCAGCUUUAUUUGUGAAGCUGGUGGUUAGGGUCCAUGCAGUUCAGUCCAUUUCAUGUUUACUCAGAGGCACAUAUAUUUCCAAUAUUCAUUGUUGGUAUAUUUGCAUAGUUGACAUUAAUGAUGGACUCUGCUUUGAUUCUCAGUGCUGCUUUCUUAGAUAAUUGGGUAUAUUUUUUACUGUUCACAUACCUCCUGUAUUAUCAUACUAAGUUGUUUCAGCAGAUAUGCCUGGGAAUAUAUGUAACAUUUGAACUCUGGCAUGGCUUUUCAUCAACAAGAGGCCAUACACCCCAAACUACAUAGCUGUGUUAAGCAGUUCUUCAGUGAGAGCCUAGCUAACAUGCUUUCACCAUUGACCCUUGGCUCUGCAGGAUAUAUGAAAACUUGAAUGGAAUUUGUUCUCUUUAGAGAAAGGCAUGAGUCUGAAGAACAGCAGUAGUUAACUUUGGAUCAAUAACCUACAUGGCAUAUUUUAAGUCUUGUCACAGUUUAACUUUCUCAGCAGCCACAUCAGUUUCCUGAGGCCUUAGCGCUUCAUCAUUUUGAAGUCUGUCUGUUGUUGGGAAACAUUACUGUAGCCUGUACAGUGCUACAGUUCAAGUGCUAUUCAUUCCUUUUAUGACAUCAGAGGCUCUUCAAAGAAAGGAAGUGGUUCUCAUGAUAUUUUUGGAUGCCUUAUUUUCAGACCUUUUGGGUUUCAAUAAGCUUGAUCAAAUGCAAUGAUCUCCUGGUUAAGUGGACAUUAAUCCAUGAGCGCUUAUGCCCCAAUACACUUGUUGGUCUUUAAUGUGCCAUAGGACUUCUGGUUUUAGCUACCACAGAGUUAAGAUGGCUAUUCCUUUGCAAAGUAAUACAUUGGAUGUUUUAAAUCUAAUUAAAUAGCUUACUGUUGGUGGAGUAGGGUUGAAGAGGGAAUUCCUGGCCAUAUUGUGAUACAGAUUUGGAGGACAAGUAACCUAUAGCACGUUGAGGCCUAUAUUGCUGGAAAAUGCUCUUAUUUGAAAACCUGGAGAGCUGUUGUCCAUAAGUAUAGACAGUUUGAAGCUGUCUUGCCAAUCAUUGCAAGAACUAGAUUUUUUUUAAAAAAUCCAUAUAAAUGUAAAUUGGCCCACAUCUCUGUACCUCAGUUCUGCAGAGCUGCAAAGCUGAGGAAUAGCCACUGGGGUGUCCUUUGUGUGAUCAUACUUUUGAGCAGGGGUGCCCAAACUUUUUCCAAAGAGGGCCAGAUUUGAUGAAGUGAACAUGCAUGAGGGCCAACCAAAGUUGUUGAACUCUUUUUAGGAUUGAAGUUGUUGAGCUUUUUAUACAAUUUUACUCCAAAAUUGUUGAGCUUUUUUUUUUACAGUUCUACCACAAAGUUGUUGGAGCUUUUUGGGAGAUUUUACCCCAGGAAAUAAACUGAUAAACUGCCACAGGGGCCAGAUUAAACUAACCGGCAGGCCGGAUUAGGCCCCUGAAACAGACUUUGGACAUGCCUGCUGUAGAGCUUACAGGGGGAAGGGGAGAAUCCUCAGCAAGGCCAUCUGGCUUCUUGUAAUGUACCUGCAAUGGCAUUUAAUUGAAGUCUGGAGAAUUAAGUACCGUACUGAAAUUUCUCGUAUUACCAUCCAACCUGUGUUAUUGGCAGUACUCUGUUUAUGGAACACUCUCCCAAGAGACAUUCAUUUGGCUCUCAUGGUAGGUACAUUUAAACAGACAUUUUUAUUUGUCCAAGCUUUUUGAUCUUAAUUGAAAUUUGCUUUUAUUGGGGUAUGCUAUAGUCACCCACUGUAUCUGAUUUGUGAUUCUGUGGUUUUAAUGGCUCUCAUUAUAAUGUGUCUUGUUUCCUCUAGUUUAUCAUUUUGCCAGCUCUGGAUUGUAGGAAGGGUGGGAUAUAAAAAUAAAUCAUAAUCUUUAACCUGGUUCUCCCUAUUUUAUCCCUAAGUGGCCGUGUGAGAGAAUUCGGGGAGAGGGAGAAACUGACUGGCCCAAGGUCACUCAGCAAAUUUCAUGGCUGAGUGGGUGUUUGAACCAGGGUUUCCCUGCUUCCUGUCAAACACUCUAACCAUUGUGUCAUGGUUUUUCAGAUUUUGUGAAAGUUAUGUAAACCCACCCCCGAAUGUUUGCAUGCUUUGAAACAAACUUGCUGCUAAAGCAGCUUUCCCCAGCUGGUGCCCUCCAGAUGUUUUGGACUUCAGCUCCCAUCAGCCCCAGCCAGCUGAACAGCAUGUUUUAAAGAGCAGUGUGGCAAGGAGGGCAAUUUUAGGCAAACCUUGAAUGUUAUUUGUACACUGAACAAUUCUAAGUGCAGCUACCUGCUAGUAUGGUGAAGGAUGCUAGAUGAUGACUACCAAAAGGCUUAUAAUUAACACUAAGACCUACAUUCCUUUUGUUUUAAUAACAGGAAGAGAAGUGAACUUUGAUUAGGUGCAUAGUUGUCUAAAACUUCCUGGUAUUUGGAUUUAAGACUUUUGAUGUCAAAGUCUGUCUUGCCUCUGCUUCUUCAGCCCCUAGGAAUGUCUUUUGUCUUCCUCCUACAAAAGAUAUUUACCCAAGUGAUAAGCCUCUUAGCUAAUGUUGCACUUACACCCUUUCAGGAUUGUCUUGAGUUAAACUGUAUGGAUUCCUGCAUUUCCUGUAAAAGUAUUUUUGGAUUUGUUUGAGAUACCUGCAAAGAUCUGACAGGUUUUAAGAUGAAUAAUUGUGUGUAUAAUUGUUUAUGACUCUAUGUUAACCUGAAUUGACCUUUACUUUCAAACGAAAAUUGAAAGCAGCCAAAUUCUAGUGCUGCAUCUCUCUCCCCCCCACCCCGCCCUCUGUCUAGUCUAAUGCCAGUCAGUUUGAGUCGUUGAUUCUUGAUUAGCUGCUUUUGAGCUGCAAGGUACAACCGGAAGGCACAUAACAUAUAUUGCAGCUAUUUUUUGCUUUGGAAUGGGCUGCUCUCCUUUGGUGAGUUGUGAUUGCCCCAAGAGUAGAAAUGUGCAAGUAUCCCUACUGGCUCAUGAAGCUCCUGGCAGCUGCCAUAGUACUGUGUUAUCUUUCCCCAGCUAGCAAAAUAUUUAUGGAUGUCCUGGGAGCUGCUCCCUUCCAUUUUUCUCUACCUAGAACAGUGAAAAGAAAUAUCCAUGGAAUCUGGUUCUGUACACAAUUAUUUUCGAUACAUAUUCAAUAAACAUUUUCCAGUCUUCCUUAACUGUAUGUUCUUCUUGUUCUCUAUAUGUUAAGUCUGCAAGUUGUGCAUAUUAUGUCAACUUAAGUUGCCAUUCUUCUUUGGUUGGGACCUUGCUCAUUUUCCAUUUUUGGGCUAACGAAACACAGGCGGCAGUUGCAUACAUAGAUAGCUUUUCCUGACACCUGGGGAUUUCAGUCUGAAUUAUCCCCAACAGAAAGGACUCUGGGUUUUUUGGGGGGGUGUGUGUUAAUUUUAAAACUUUUUUCCAAUUCAUUAUAAAUCAUUUCCAAAAUACUCUUUUACCCUUUUACAUGUCCACCACAUAUGAAAGAACAUUCCCUCCACCUCUUUACACUUCAAUCACUUAUCUGAUUCUGUCUUGUAAAUCUUAGCAAGCCUACUUGGAGUUAAAUACCAUCUGUGAAUCAUUUCAGGUAGUUCUCCUUCAAAGAAUAACAUGCUAUAAAUUUAAAGUCGCUUUUCCAGAGUUUCUCCCAGAGGUUAAAAUCUAUAUUGUGUCCUAUAUCUAUCAGAACUGUGACAAAUUCCUGCCCUGGCUAAUACACAAGGAUACUACUUUAUUUAAAGAAAAACAGUCUGGUGUAGGAUAAUUGUAUGAUAAUUCCUUGCCCUAGACUGUCUUGUACCAAAUAAAAUUAAACACACAAGCUCUAGGCAGAGCACAUCUUUUACGAUAAACCAAUCUGAAUUCUUUGUUAGAUUGGCAGUAUGCACCCGCUCUUGUAAGAACAAGUUUUUGUUUCAAGAAGUACAUGUUAUAACAACUGUCUUGUUCUAGUUAGGAUCUUGGGCAUUUCCAUUUAUUUUUAAAAUGGGAUGGCAGAAAAGGUUAAAGAACUAUAAAUAGCACCUAAAUUCACCACUUUGUAGCUCUUAUGGUUUCUGUAGCUGUAAGGUAGACUGAGGGUAUAUCUUGUGUUCCCUGUCAGAAGGAGGUAGACAAGGUUUAUUUUGAUUUUAAACUAACACAUGUGAAAUUUGCAAUGUAAGGUUCAAGCCAGCUUGCUCCCACCUCAUUCUGCAGGGUGUCUAGCUCAUUUGCUUGAGUAAGAUAUAGUGAAAGCUCAGAUUAGAACUCCUUUGGUAUAUCCCAGAUGCACCCAGGAUAUAGUAAAAGCUAAAGGUAUGUAGCCAUAUUUAUAAUAAACUGGAAGAGAACAAUAUUUUUCUCUUGGUGCUUAUCUGUAAGAACGUGAAGUCCUACUGCAUCGACAAAGUCCAUCUAGCUUGACAUUGUGCUUCCAACAGUGACUAAUAGGAUGCCUCCAGGAAGCUCGAGCGGGGCAUGCAGUCAAAAGCUGUCCCUCACUGCUGUCUCUCCUUCCUCUGAAUGUGGAAGGUUCCAUUUAGCCAUCAUGGCAGUAGCGGAAGAUAUUUAGUAUACUGUUCCAUAAAGCCACCUUCAAUAAUAUCAGCAUUAUAGAUACAUAAUGAUUGACGUUUUACAUGGCAUGCUGGGCUGAUCAAGUCCUGGGUUGUGUUUAGAGUGUUGUAGCCCAGCAAUCCAUGUGUCAUUAAAGCAUUAACUGCAUCUGGCUUAGGGAACCAGAUCCUUAUCCACCCCACACACCCAUGGGCCAACUUUGGCAGGUGAUGAGGCCACCCUCAUGUUCUAUCAUCUGACAUCAUGAUAGCAUUAAGUGGCUGAUAGAUGGGAAGUCCUACCCACCUGUCAAAGUUGAUCUGCGGAGGAGUGGAGUUUGCUUCACCAGCACAUUCCCCAGGCGGAAAGCCUCAUGCAGCAGCACCCAUCAGGAUUGAACUCUCCACUCAAUGGCAGAUGUUCAGACCUGCUGGCUGCAGGGAUCUGCUUUGCCAGUGUCUUCCCUGCAAGGAUUGAAUUAGCAAAGCACACACUAGCAAGAUUGUAUUUUGUUCACAAACUGGUGACAGAAGGAUCAGUCCUGUUGGUUGCAGGUCUGUGUCACCGGCACCUUUCCCACAAGGAAUGCAUUGGUGAAGCAACACCCAGCAGAAUUGAAUCCUGCCAUCAGCUAAUGUCUUCCACUGGUUGUGGUUUCGGGAAAGUGGCCUCCCACACCUACAUUAAAAUAUUAUAGCAAACUGUCAGUGGCAAAGGAAAUAAAUAAAAAAAAAUACGAAAGCUUAAACCCAGAACAAACUUGGUUGGUCUCUUAAGGUGCUACUGGGCAAUUUUUAAUUUUUUUUUAUUUAUGUUGACUGCAUCAGACCAGCACGGCUACCUACCUGUGUCAGUGGCAUAGUGUAACGUUGGAAAGUGUCUAUCACUUCUCCUACCUUGGCAAUUACCUUUCCACAUUGAUGCCAAAAUUUAGCAUCGCCUGAGCUCUGUGAGUACUGCUUUCUCCCAAUUGAAGUGCAGAGUGUUUGAGAACCAGAACAUUUGCAGGGAAAACAAAAUGCUUGUUUACAAAGCUAUUGUACUACCAACCUUACUGUAUGCAUGUAAAACAUGGACCACUUAUAAACACUAUCUCCAACUUCUCAAAAGAUUCCAUCAACAGUGUCUCCAAAAUAUUUAACAUAUCGCUUGGGAAGAAAGGCAAACUAAUGCCAGUGUACUGGAAGAAGCAAAGAUCACCCAUGUCAAACAUCAAUUUCUUUGGACUAGUCGUGUGCGAAUGCCUGAUCAUAGUCUUCCAAAGCAACUACUCUAUUCCAAACUUAAAAAUGGAAAGCGUAAUGCUCGUAGUCAACAAGAGGCUUAUAGACUCUCUCAAGGCAAAUCUAAAAAAAAUGUAAUAUAAACUCCAACAAUUGGAAAACACUGGCCUGUGAGCACUCCAAUUGGAGAAGAGUCUUUACCAAAGGUGUCAUGGACUUUAAAGAUGCUCAAACUCAGGACGAAAGGGAGAAAUGUAAGAGGAAGGCACAUUUGGCAAACCCUCACCAUGUUAACCUGCUGCCUGGAAACCUAUGUCCCCACUGUGGAAGGAUGUGUGGAUCCAGAAUUGGCCUCCACAGUCACUUACAGACUCACUGUUCAUGGUCACAAUCUUACUCUGCUAUGAGGGAUCACGGAAGAAGUACCUUAAACUGGUCCACUGUGCUUGUGUCUGCAGCUGAAUACCUUUAGUGAAAUAUGUUACUGUCAGGGGUUCAGGGAGAGAGGCACAGGGUAGGCAGGAGAUGGAGAGCGAUGGGGAUGAAUUCCAAGCCAGCGAGGAAGAGGAUGACAAUGACUCAAGAGAUUCCAUGAGUCUUUCCAGCGAAUCAGAGGAUUCCCAGAAGGGGGCGCCGGUGGUCAAGGCCAGGGGGGACGUGUCAGGAGCAGGGGGCCAGCGGAGGAUCCCAAAGUGGCAGCUGGGCGUCAGGACCAGCCUCCCCACCAGAGUGCAGCGAAGGGGGUGGAGUUUCCAGUGUGUCAGAGGAAGCAGCUCCGGCAGCAGAGAAAGGAGGGAGGUCAGAGCAAGCCGCCCUCCCGGAAGGGGAGGGGAGCAGUGAAGGGAGUAGUGUAACUGUCAAAAGGAAAGUUAGAGGUUUGGCGCGUGCGCCAAGUUCAAAUGUAGAGGCGCGCGGAAGUACAGGGAGCCCGGAGGAGGGGCCAGGUCCCAAAGCCCGCAGGAGGGGGGAAGAGCAGUCUGAUUCCGCGUCAGAAGAAUCCAGGAGGGGCGAAACCCCAGCGGGCAGAAGGACCCUGCGGAAAAGGAAGGAGAGAAAGAGGUGGAGCAGCGCAAGCCUCUUAAAUUGGUGCAGGGGAGGGACGGAUUCAGAGGGGACUUCAGCGGUCUAAGCGUAGCAGACGUAAGGCUGCGCGCCUAGGAUGUCAAGCAAACAAUGAACUGCAAUAAACACUUUUGUAUAUAAGAAGACAUAGGCGUUGGUCUUUUGUGAGCUGAGACUUGAGGCAGCCUUGACAGUUACUAUUUAAAAAACUUUAGAUAAGCAUGUGUUUGCUUCACAUGUAUUUCCUGGGACUUUCCACAUCUCACAGCAGAGCUAAGGGACCUACCAAACUUUCUGGGCAGUAACAGUACGGUAAAAGUUUUCCCCUUCAUGGGUUUGAAGCAGAAUGGUAUUGGGACAUGAAAUAAAAAAAAAUGCUCCCUGGUGAUACUGAAGCUUAAAUUAAUUGGAAGAUGGAAGUAAUGAGUUUCUGAAGGGUCUACAUACAAAUACUGAGACAACCUUAUGGAUCUUAAAAUUUGGGGGUGUUGUUAGGUACUUUUGCUUUAGUGGAGGAGCACUUAGUCAAUUGGGCUUCGUGACACAGAGUUUGGCAAGUACACUUCUUUCCUGUUCCCUCAUCAGCACUCCCAGUUAGGUCCUGUGCAAAACAUGCUAAAGAAACUUGGAAAUAAACAGAAAGGGGGGCUUUCAUCACUCCCAGGCAAUUCCCUGGAUGAUCCUUGCUUGUCUCCUUUUAGAAAAAGUACACUGAGAAGGCAACUCCAGUCUUCUCAAAAUAGUCAAGUAAGUUUUUGUUUCACAAAAUUAUAGUGAAAAGGCUUUGAAGGAAGGCUGUUCUACACUCGUCUUGUUCUACACUGUUCUAUACUUUGCUUGGUGAGGAGGCAGAAACGUGUUUUUUGUUUCUACCAGUCUUGUGUAGGUGUUGCCCUUUGGACAGUUGCAUCUCUUAAAUUACUUACGUGGCUAAUUAUCCCCCACAGAGAUGAAAUAAUGGCCUGAUAAAGAUCAAGGUGAAACCAAUUUGAUAAGGCUAUAAAGUUCAAAGGGCCACAUAAAAAGGUAGACAGGUAUGGACUAUGUCUUACUGUUCCCCACCCUUUUUAUGGUAUUAAUGUUCCUUUACCUCACAGUAUGUAAAGUUAUGCAUAGGGCUUAUUCCCUCCUGAUAAUUUCAGGUCAGUUGUCAAAUGAAGUAAAAUGUGAAGUUAAACAUCAAAUUCUCUAAUUCUUGUCGGGUCCCUCCCCUUAAUUUGUGUGUGAUGUUUCUGUCUGCAGCUUUAGGGACUAGAAACAUGAUUUUUAAUUGAAGUUGUGAGACUUGGAAAUCUGAAUUCAGCAGAAGAGAGCCAGGAAGUUGGCUUUGUAAAGGAGAGUUUGGGGAUGCUGGACUAGAUAGGGCUCUGGUCUGAUCUAGCACAGCUCUUACAUUCUUAGAGCCCCAGAAGUGGUUUUUUUGUGUGGUGAGGAAGGUGAGUCAGUGAGUGAGGAACUUAACAAGCUGGAGGAAAGUGGAGCUCAGUUGCUGCCCUUUGGGUCAGUCCCUAGAGCUGUUGUGGAGAUCUUGCCAUCAGUUUUUGAGAUGCACUAAAUGCAUGUGACAUGCUGCAGUGUCUAUUAAAACAGGGCAUCUUGGUUUUACAGUGGUACCUCAGGUUAAGAACUUAAUUCGUUCCGGAGGUCCGUUCUUAACCGAAACUGUUCUUAACCUGAGGUACCACUGUAAAACCAAGAUGCCCUGUUUUAAUAGACACUGCAGCAUGUCACAUGCAUUUAGUUUAGCUAAUGGGGCCUCCUGCUGCCGCUGUGCUGCGGCGGCGCAAUUUCUGUUCUCAUCCUGAAGCAAAGUUCUUAACCUGAGGUACUAUUUCUGGUACUACUAUUAGUGGAGUCUGUAACCUGUAACCUGAAGUGUCUGUAACCCGAGGUACCACUGUACUUGGUUUAAGGCUGCUUGUACCACAAUAAUUUAUCUGCAAAAUAUUACAGGUCUUUGUAUCACCUUAACUAUAAAAAUAGGAUAUAAUUAAAAUUUGAAUACUUUUUGUAUGUCCUGUGAAAAUACCUCCAAGCAGCAAAUUGGCAUGGGCCAUUUGUUUAAAGGGACCCAAAUUUCUCCUCUCCUCUUUUGUACUUAAAUAUCCUGGUCUUUUAAAAGUAUUCUUUUGCCAGUGCUAGCUUAAAGGGUUUUGAUAGGAAAUGAAGCUACUCCUUAUCUUAGUGUUUUGCUCUUUGAAUAGCUUAUUACUUAAGCAUGAUACAUUUUUUGUUAUAUGUUAAAUGUGGUUGAACUGAAGCUUGAACUUCAUAUUAUGUUUGAUUCUACCUCUAAAAACUGCAUCCCUGUAUCAAAUUUCUCCUGUGAAACAUUGCAUAACUUAUCUGUAUCAGGAUAUUGUGCAUCUGUAUCAGGAUAUUGUGUUUUGCAUUUUCCUGCCCAGUAUAUCAUUGGCUGAGGUAAACCUUUGAGAUAUCACAACACUGCUAGGUGUGCUGAAUCAUUACAGGGUAGAAGCGCAAAACGAACUUCACGUGGAUAUAUCAUUUUAGGCAGCGGCCCUAUACUGAACUUAUCUUGAAAACUGCUUUUAGUCUUUGUACUAGCCCUACAGCAUUGUAGAGUUUCUUCAUGUUCAGAAGUCAUUGAAUCCUUUCUGAACAGGUGUGGAAGACCAAAUGCUAUGUGUGCUCUUUUUAGUUAAAUUUCCACAAUGCCCAUCAAACCUUAUGAGCUCUUGACAUGUCCAGAUGUGGUGUGGGGAGGGGGGCUUCUUUCCCAGAGAAUAGUAGAUUGGAGACUUAAAAAUGCUUCCAGAUUAUUGGAUAUGAAUGAGAACAUUGUAUGAAGUUAAACUUGGAGGCGGCAAUGAAAACACAGAAAAUAUGCAGACACUGGGCACAAAACUAAUAGUUUUGGCAUGUGUUUGGUCUGCAGCUUGCUUUUGUAGGUGUGAAUGAUGUAAGCCCCAACCAAAAGUUGAAUCCAGAGAGCUUUGUGUUUCCUUUCCUAUUUUACAAACCCUCGUCUUGAACCAGCACAUAAGUAACACUCUCCAUAUGGCCAAAACUUUAAAGGUCUUUGGAAGCUAGGUGUUUAUAGCCCCUUGAGUCUUGAACAAAACCUAUAGAAUAGUGCAUCUUUAUAUAAAGCUGAACAGUGGUUGGAUUUGUUACAAUUUACUUCAGUUGACAGCAACUGGAAGCUAACAUUUUAGUCAGGAAAGUUGGAGGCAGGAAACUAUUUGGGCUGGUAAGGAAACAGUGAAUACUACAUCAAUGAGUAUUUUAAAGUCUUUAUUUCUAAGACUCCAUUUACAGAAGCUUCAGGCAAGAAGAAAACCAAGGGUUAGCUUCUGUGUGUUUUUUCCUGUAGACUGUUUUGCUGUCUUCUGCCCUUGCCUCCUCCGUUCCCUUCUUCCUGGGCUCUCUAACAUUAAAACCAUUAAACUAAAUCUUGGCAGCCCGGCUAGGUUAGAUGACUAUAAUGCUGCUUUAACAUUUUUAAUCUGCUAAAUCGCUUAAGUAUUUCUAUGGCUGCCAAAGAUAAGUCUCUAACUUUGAAGAAAGUAUUGGUGUUGAGCUUUAUUCUUGCUAAUGGUCAAAGCCUUUGGCUGGCUUUUGUUUUCCUUGUUUCUGUUUUAUUUUGAAGGGAGAAAAGUUGGGUUCUCACAUGAUUCCAGCGCCCAUGAGUAAAUUUGAGCCACUUCUCACAUUAGGCAUGUAUUAAUAUUUGGAACAUAGUAUUGCAUUCAGUGCUUGCAUAUGGAAGAGUUUAGUUUGAAGUGGCCCUAGCGGUAUACAGAUAUUGUUCCAAACAUGACUCAUUUUAUGCAGCACUUCAGUGGGGAACUAGAAUUGCAUUUUUUUUAAAGGAAAGUUGCUGCUUGUGAAACUGUUGGAAAAGCUACUUUGGUGCCAUUCAGAUGUUACUUUCCCCCCCAAUGGUACUUAGGGUGAAAUUUGCAGUGGCUUUGGGUCCACAAAGAAUGCAAAAUUGGAUAAGGUUUUUGCCAUUUUCUGCUGUGGGGAAGGAAGCAUGAUCAUCAAAGGCAACUUCCCAAUCUUUCUGUUGGUACAAUCUGCCUGAAAAUAAACAAAUGACCUGCUUGCUAUGUCUCUAGCCUGUUGAGUCUGCUUUGUCUUCUUAUUCCUCCUUCAAGUCCUUUAACAUGGCUAAAUUUCUCUUGAGUUGCAUACUUGUGGCUUGGAGCAAUUGGCCUUGCUAUCACUUGGUCUCCAGAAAUCAAGUCUCUGGGAUGAACUGAGCAUUGUGCCUCCUAAGAGGAUGAUUUUUAUAACUCGUUGGGAAAAACAACUAGUAAAGGUUUGGCAGGGCAGCUGAUGCUUCUUUCAGAUUUGUGUGUGUGUGUGUGCGCGCGCACACACACACACACACACAUAUAUUGAUAUAGUCAACCAGCCUACUUUGGCUGUAUUAGCAGAACUAUUGGAGUAGCAUAUUGUAGGACAGGGAGGACUAGUACAAACUGGCUUUCACAAAAUAACCAUUUUGAUUUUCAAACUGCUGUGGCUUCAUGCAUGGAUGACAAUCUUACUCGGCUAUAAGUGAUCGCCAAAGAAGAAUGUAAUUUUUUCCAUGUACAGCUGUCUUUUGGACCUGGUAGUUCAGUAGCAUGUGUUGACUACUACUGUGUAUACUACAGGCUUUGCUCGAAAUGUGUUUAGGAACUGUAGCUGGUGCCAAAUGUUGCUGCCCUGUUUUAUUAACAUGGUCAGAUUGUAAAGUUUAAGUACGCUGGUUUUGGUUUAGAUAUCUGAUUACUACAUGUAAAGCUCUAGAAUAGAUGGUCUAAGUACAGUAAACUUGAGUCUUCUCUCAUAUGAAACCCCAUGAUUAAAGUCUUAAGAACCUUUACUUGGGGUUCUGUAUAACCAUGAAAAUAGAUCUGUGGGCACAUGGAACAGCCCCUGUUUAUGGCAUGCACUUGAUAAAGUUCAGGCUACAUCACUUUGCAGUUAAGACAUCAGUAAGAACUUUUCUUGUUGGCUAUAUUGGGGGCAGGUCUGGGUGGAUUCUUGUGUGAGAAGAACACCUCUAGAGGUGUCUGUGGGUCUUCUGCAUUUUAUACUCUAUUUUCAUGAAUAUCAUGUGCUAUUUCUGUUCACAUAAGUUUAAAAGACUGUUUCAAUAGAGAUGUUAAUGAAUUUCAUAUGUUAAUUUUGCACUGUAUGAAGAGUGAUUGCUUUUUGCUGUAUCUACCACCCAUCAGUUUCACUGAAUUUUGGUGUGGUGAGGAUGAAUAGAAACUGUUCUGCAUGCUGUUCAUAAGUUUUAUUAAACUUUUGUCUCCACCCCCUCUUCUUCUGAACAAAAAGCUUCCAUCGCAUACCUCAUUCUAAAGUCUUAGUUACCUGCUUCAUUUUCUCUAUCUCCCUGCCCCCUCAACUGUUAUCCUUCAGGGAAUCUGAGGAACCCUGAGCAUUUGCCAAGGGAUCAUUGCAUUGUGCAGAGGAUACUGGGGCAUAUGCUCCAGAGUGUACUGUUACUCUUGGGUCUCAGGCUCCCUGCAUCAUCUGAAGGUGCCCUGGAAAUCCCACACCAAAUGAGCAGCUGUGUUCACAUGUCAUAGAAAGCCAUAAACGUACUACGACAUAGCAGCUUGUUAGUGCACACUGCUGAAUCACUCCUGUUGCUUUCUUCCCUUUGAGCUGGGAACACCCUGGUUUAGUGUGACUAUUGGAACCCAGUCCUUUUUGUCUUUCUCACCAAACAAACCACAAUGUUAAGCCAAGAUUUGUUACUGACUUAGCAGUUCUGGUUUGUUUGCGAGAACAAACAUGGUUUGGUUGUAUGCUAUUUUUGUAAGUUGCUUUGAGUUUUCAUAAAAAGACUAAUCAGUUCAAUAAAUAAUAAUAUAAUGAGCCUUGGUUGACACAUCACCCUAAGCCAGGACUCAAGGUUUAUGGCUCCCAGCUAGAUGAAGGGAGUAAUUCAGCAGUGUAUAGUAGUGGGCUUCUGCUCCAUAGCAAAUCAGUUUAUGACUUAACGUGAUGUGCAAAUGCAGCCAGUAGUCCAUAGAAUUCUCUCCUCACUCAUUGAAUGGAACCUGUUGCUGUUUUAAAUAUCAAUGAGAAUUUCUUUGUGUUGCAGAUUUAAUACAGUGCACAAAUGAGAUGAACGUAAAUAUCCCACAGUUGGCGGACAGCUUGUUCGAAAGGACAAUGAACAGUAGCUGGGUGGUGGUAUUCAAGUCACUCAUCACAACACACCAUCUAAUGGUGUACGGAAAUGAGGUAACUUAUUACUGCAGAUCACUCAUACAUUAGAGAAUUGGCUUAUUCAGUGCAACCUGGCUUUUUGCCCUGCAUUGGGGAUAAUGAAUGGUAUUUAAAAACAGCCUGAGGCUUAACUAAUGCAUGUUCCCUGGCAAAAAUUGUGAAAGCGUAUUUGGAUGAUCUUGGUCACUUACAUGCCAUAAGUAAGUUUGUAAGUGUCUCUGAAACAGGGAUUGGUAACCUGUAUUCCUUAGGACUUCAGCUCACAUUAACUGAAUCCAGCAUGGCCAGUGGUUAGGGAUCUGGUCGAAAGACAUUGAGGAUAUAGAUCAAGUGUGAACAACUUGAUCUAUAGUAUUUGUGAAAAUUGAUGGUGUUAAUUUUGUCUACAGCUAUAGAACUGAACUAUAGAAAAUUCAGAAAGGGUGGGAACAAGUAAUAGGGGCAGUUUAGAAAUAAUCAGCUUGCAAUAAUUUCUGAGGAGUAAUGUUACUUUUUGCAUUCCACAGUCUUCCUUAGGUUCCGCAUCUCAAAACAGGUUUUUUGUUUUGUUUUGGUUAAAUAUAUAUCACCCCUUCAGUAAAACUAUUAACACAUUUGUUCAGUUGUGCAUUUCCAUAAUGCAUGUGAUCAGUCAUAACUUGGGAAAAUGCUGAGGAUAGUGUUUGAACAUGAAUGAUUAUUAUUUAUUUUUCUGGCUACAUAUUGCCUGAAUUCAUUUAUAUCACAGAACCAUAAUCCUUCCUGUUGAAGGGGAGGGGAGAUGAAGUAGGGCAUUUUGCAGAACAAUGGUGCCACAUCACCAUGUGAAACACAUUCACGAUCUCAUUCUUAAAACACUUCCUUACCUCAUACUAUGCUAUUACAAAAGUUUUAUUUAUACUGCUCAGUUCAUGUAUUUGGCAUUGAUGAGGGUGUAACCAGAGAAGGAAAAGGCACUUGUGGGCUGGCUGACGAAUGAAUGGGACUAAUAUGAGUCAUUUGAAGUCUGCAUCAUUUACCACAUGGUUAAAUUGUUUACUGGCUAAAUGUCACCAAUGCAUGUAAGUUCAUUCACUGUUCAGAGUAGGUCAUAGUUGUAGUGAUCCAGUCUUCUUGUCCAAAUGGGAUUCAAUGUGUGCUAGAAUAUAUAUUUAUCUUAAUAUAUUCUUUUGCUGCUUUUUACACCAGUGCUUCCAAGUGACUUAUAGGACGACAAAAAAAAAAAAAAUACAAGAAGAAAAAUAUAAAAACAGCAGUAAAACAAGACCUAAAAUGCUCACCCAGUAUAUACUGGGGGCUGUGCUCCUGCUUGCAUUGCUCACCAAACUCCGCACUCCCCUUUAAAUCCUACCAAUCCCCUGGCUGAAUGAAGGGUUGCAGCCGUGAGAAAGAUGGAUGGUCUUCCUUUGUCCACCUUGGGUGUUUACGUUCACAUCUGUGUAGUCAGUCAUUAUAGGACUCAGGCAAAGGAACAAGGGGGCAGGGUGUGUGCAUUAACGGCAGCCUUGGAACUCUGGGGAUGUUGCUUUUGGCCCAGUUGCUUCUCCUGAGGGGUGCUCCUUUAUCCUGCAUGCUGCUGACUUAUCUGCAAUGCCUGGUAUGUGGUGCAGGAGAUAGCAGUGGAUCCACAUGCUGGCUGGCUGCCACUUCUGGCCAUUUUCCCCAUUGCCACAGUGCUGCUCUUGCAUCCUGAUCAGCUGCUUGGGAUGUGGAAGCAGCAGAUGAUCUCCAGGCUGGCUGGGGAUGAAGAAGAUGGCCAGUAGCAGUGACAGCCAGCCUUGGACUGUGGAUCCUUUGGGUAGACAUCCCAGGGCUGGCAGACAGUGGAGCCAGCAGAGCAGGGUGGCUGCUGCAUCCUGUUCCAGCUGUUUGUCUGAAGCUCAACUGGGCUGCCCACUCACUGCCUCUCAUCACUCUAUACUUCAUAUUGCCACUUGCUGUGACCAAGCAAACUGCAGCAUAAUGACACUAUUACAAGUUAAAUAUAAGAAAAUGAAAGAGAACACACUAUGCCCACCCCAGUUAAAAGGAUGAGCACAAAAAUAUUUGUAUUCAGAACCAGCCUUACAUUUCUUGAGACUGCAUGCACUGUGGUUCGACUUACAAGGUGAAUACCUAUUUUUUACUUCCAGGAUGGUAUUCCUGUCUAAAUUGCUCUAGCUCAUCAACUUGGAUAGUUCGCUUUAAAAAGCAGGCAUUUGAAGUGCCUUUGGAUCCGUGCGUGAGAGGCCAGCAUGGGAACUGCUCUGGUUUGCUUAUUUGGAUUGGACAAUUUGAGAAGAUUUCUCUUCUGUACUCACCACAUCACAGCUGAAUCAAUUCAGACAUUACACCAAACUGUAGUUUAAGACCCAAACUGUGCUUGCUGGGCUAAUGAAAGCUGUAAUUCCAAAACCUGGAGGGUAUCAGAUUGGGGAAGCCUGGCUUAUAGGCAUUCUGACCUAGGUCACUCUAUGUUAAUGAUAAGAUACACAGAAAGAGCUACGUACAAUUCCAGUCAAAUAAUCCAAAGUCUUUUUAUCCCUUCUAGCGUUUUAUCCAGUAUCUGGCUUCCAGGAACACAUUGUUUAACUUGAGCAAUUUCUUGGACAAAAGUGGAUUGCAAGGUAAAUCAUUUGGUUUGUUUCAAGUGAGUCAUGACAUCCUUGAAGGUGUCUUUAUAGCAGCAUCAUUGCUUCGGAACUCAGUUAUCAUUCUGAAAAGUAUAACCCUUCUGGUGGAGACCUCUCCCAAGUGCUUAAAAGAUAUUUGGACUUCUCUAUAUUCUACAACAGUCUGCAGUUGAAUAGUAAAAUGUCCACCCCCCCCCAAAUUAACAUUCAUAAGGAAAUUCAUUAACAUUCAUAAGGAAAUAACAGAUAACACAGACAUCAUCUUUAGUAUGCAGCUAAUGAAGCUGGCCCAUAAAAUGAUUUCUACAGUUAGAGAGUGAGAUGUACAAGUUCUAAUUUAGUCAAAGGAGAAAUGUGGGAGAAGAGGAAGCUCAGGGCAUGUCUUUGUCUAAAAUCACUUGUAUAUGGAAAUUUGUGCUUUUAAUUUAUUUGAUUCUCACAGUAAGUUAGAUAUAUUUGUCCAUAGGGUCCAAAUGAUGAUCCUGUGAAUUUAAAUUGUUACGUUCUUAAUGUUUAGUCAUAAGUGUUCAUGCAAAACAGGGAGCUAAUUUGUUUUGUCUUUCUCUUCUUUAGGGUAUGAUAUGUCCACAUUUAUCAGAAGAUAUAGCAGGUAUUUGAAUGAAAAAGCAGUUUCCUACAGACAAGUAGCUUUUGAUUUCACAAAAGUAAAAAGAGGGUAAGGAUUACAUUGUCUGGAAUAAAUUUAUUUUAAGGUGUAGCUUACCGUUUAUAGCUUCUGUUCUAAUUACUCAUAAGUUUACUUAAAUGUAAAAAUGCAACUUCAAACAAAUAAUUGACCUCUAGAAGGUUAAGUCUUGCUACCAAUGGAACCAAGAUCUGUUUUUACACCACUGUGCUUUGUGUUCCAGCUAGGUAAUGAUUUGGUUCCCAGGUGUUUUUUAUUCGUAUGUUUUUUUAAUUAGAAGGCUGUGUGCAUGUGUGUGUGCUUUUGGGAAAGGAAGAACUUUGCAGAUCAGAGGGUUGAUGUAGUGCUGAUCUAAAUAACUGCAGUGAGUUUUGCAGCUUCCACAAAACACAUUUUGUCAAAACAGUCAUAUUAAAUUUGACAAUUAAAAGUGCCAAGUGACAAGCAAGUUUAAUUAAGAAGUAAUUCUGGACUUGAAGUUGGAAGCUCAAUAUUUUUUAUUUUAUUUUUAAGCUGGCAUCAAGGGCUUUUAAGUUGAUGAAGGCUGAGAAAGGAAGGCAGUCUUCGAAAAGAUUUUUGGAUAUAAAAUUCUUAAAACUCAAAAGUAUAUACUAGAGGGAGUCAACAUUAUGGAGCGUAUUUGAAUGAGCUUUUAAAUGCUGGUGUUUUGUCAAGUAGUCUGGGAGAAGAAACAUUCCAAAAGCUCUUCACCAGUAGCGUCUGCAUUUCCAUAGAAGUCCAGCCCUUUGUUCCCAUUCCUGUGCCUUGUGCUAUCAGGCUUUUAUCCUGUCUCUGCCAGCCCUACGUCUGUAAUCACUUGUGAUUGCAGUCAACUAUGUGACUAGUUCUACACGUGCAAGGAAGCUUUAGAUUUGUGUUAUUUUAAGAGCAAUGAUCUGUGCUGUGUGUCAAAUUUCUUUUGAAACUUUGGAAAGUUUAAAAGGCAGUAUGUGAUAUGAACGUAAGAGCCUUGCUGUGUCAGACCAGAUGUCAAUCUAGUCCAUCAUACUGCUUUAACAGUUACUAUUCAUUGCUUUAUAGGAAGUUCAUAAGCAUUAUUACCUAAGAGCAGAGUAGAUUUGAGGGGUUGAAGGGGACAGUAGGAGAAGUUCCUUUGCACAAGCAGAACAACUCACACAGUGAUUUCAUUGGACACCAGCUGAUACAACUUGUACUGAAAGUAGUUCAAAGGUCUUGUGACUUCUGUGUUCUUGAAAAUUUGAAAUGACUGAUGUUAAGAGUAUAAAAAAUAGAAAGAUCAGUAGAAUUCUGCUUUGCCAUUUUUGUUCCUUUAAUUGAGUCUAAAACGUUUAAUAGUCAUGACACACCUUUAAAAACUUGACUGAGACACUUAGGAACUUGGAUAGCUCUUGAGUUACUCUCAACUUAGUAAUGUUUCUCUUGCUGUUGAUCUUCUUGCUUGCUUUCACAGCAAGUAGAAUAAUAAAAUCAUAGAAUCAGAGCUGGAAGGGAUGCCAAGGGUCAUUUAGUCCAACCCCCCCAUGCAAUACUUUUGAGUUUUAAGAAUCUCAGUUAAAACAUCCGUGACAGAUGGUCAUCCAACCCCUGCUUAAAAACCUAGAGUAGGAGUGAGUUAAGUAGUUUAACUCACAAAUACAAUCACUGUAGCAUACGACUACACAAUGAUUUAAAAUAUUUUAAAAUGCCUUGCAUAUCUAAACAUGAAGUUACCAAUAUCCAAUAACUUAACAUCCAAAUGAAACUGCAAAGCUUGCCAGCAUUAGCACCAAGCCCCUCUUCCCCAAAAACAUUUACACCUAGAGUCAAAAGGCCAGAAAUCCCAUGGGAGUUCUCCUUGCAGGCCCACUUCCCCAACUCCUGGGGCUGGAAGUUGGGGCAAGACAUCCAGUUUUCCCUGUUGUAUUCAGACAAAUUCCAUGGUCUGGGCAGAGAGCAAGAGGCCUCCUAUUAUCCUUACCUGUCUGGCCUAUUGCCUUUAUGCAUGCACGUGGGUUGCAGGGGCAGGGAAAAGGGGAGGGAAAAGAGUGGAACACCCUGUGUCAGCCACCUCUGUGUGCAUCAUGCCAAAUAUGUUUUGCUUACUGGUGUGUUUCUCACUUCCCCUUUCUCUUAGUGCUGACGGAGUCAUGAGGACUAUGAAUACUGAGAAACUCCUAAAAACAGUACCAAUAAUACAAAACCAGAUGGAUGCACUUCUUGAUUUCAAUGUAAGUGUUUUAGUUAUGGCAUCGAUAAAGGCUAGACUACCUACUCCUGGUUUCAUAAAACACUACCUCUUAAUGCCUUAUAAAUGCCCUGUUUAAAUUUCUGCCCUUUCUGGAUAAAGGCAGUAAAAAAAAAAUGUUCAAAUUUAGUCUCCUAUGAGGAAGAAAAUGUUUGGUUCUAAUAUGUGUUGGUGAUGCAAGCGGUAAUUUUUCUGAGUUGGCAAACGCUAAAUAUCUUAAACUAUAUGUUCUCUUGGGAGCGAUAGACAGAUGUUCUGAUAGGAACCGAGAGCACCAACUACAGGAGCAACUUUCCCCAGCACCUGCGUGGUAGUUGGGGGUCACUGGCACACACCCUUGUCGUUUGGAAAGCCGCUUGCGUGUUUUUAAGACUUGUGCAACUGCUGCAGAGUUCCCAAAGCCAACGAGAGCCUUUAUUUCACCAGAUUGUCAUGUCACAAAUUUAUAGUGCACAAUGUCAAAAGGCAAGACCGAUCUUUUCCCUGCAUACUGAAGACAGGAGAUAGCCGUGGAUGUUUUUUCAAAUUGAACUAACUUCUUUCUUCUCACCGGCAGGUCAACAGCAAUGAACUUACAAAUGGUGUAAUUAAUGCUGCCUUCAUGCUUCUCUUCAAAGAUGCCAUUAGACUCUUUGCAGCGUAUAAUGAAGGGAUUAUUAACCUGUUGGGUAAAUACUACUUUUUUUACAUCUCUUCAUUGUACUUAGUAGGCAAGACAGUGAUCUUUGUUUUGACUUCCUGCAAGACAAUUUUAAACUGCCUUAAAGAGCUGCUUCUCUUUACAUGUAAACAGAAAUAUGUAGGUGCCUAAACGCAAGCUAGUCUGGAGUAUUUUUGGCAUGAAAAAUGACUUGCUUGAACUAUAAUUUUCUUGUCCAGCUACCACACAACCAAUCUGCAAAGCUGACAAUUUUCUCUUUGGAUCUUAGGGAAGGUGACAAUUUUGUUAACUAAUUUAGCUUUUGGCACUCUCUCCUUAGGGCGGCUUUCAUAAGUGGAAUUUGUGGGUUGGAAUACUUUACACUUCCUCAUGGAGAGCUGCCAUACCUCCAGAGGAGAGUGGAGUCAGCUAGGCAUUCCUUUGUGCUUCUGAAUAGGGUUUGUCCCACAUACAAUGUGAAGAGGAAAUGCUGGAGUUGAUACGGGAAAGUUAGUGUGUGGCAGUCAUAUAUGCAUUUGUACAAAUAAACAAUGAAUCCUGUUAGGCAUGGGUAGGCAACUCUUUUUGUAUGCUCCUGCUUCUCUUUAAUGGCGUCCCAAGCAGCAGAAAUAUAGCAGCUGAAGCACUUAAUCUUUGAAGGUAAAAAUGUUUCACCUGAAGUAUUUCCAGCUUUCAGGCUGCAGUUGAAAGGGACUGGGGCAGUCAACAAGAGCAACAAUGGGAAAGAGCUAUUUUCUUCGUGCUAUAAUUUGUGGGCUUCUCAGAGACAGUUGUUUAGCUGCUGUUGGAAAUAGGAUGCUAGGCUAGAUGGACCUUUGGUUUGAUUCGGCAGGGCUGUUCUUAGAUUCUUCAUGCAAUGUAUCUGCAAUAAGAUUAGUGCAUGGCCCGGUUGUGCCAUUAUUAUUAUAUUCACUUUGGUAUACAGUAUGUACCUACCUGCUAAAUCUUUAUGCAUUGGGUUGUCCAUACAGGAAUGAAAGUUGAGCCAGUAAAAAAGUUGAAGCUACUUACUAGUACUUGGUAGGCCACUGUGGUUCUCAUGGAUUGCUUAUAACAUGAAUGGUUGCUGUAAAGUAAAAUGAGGAUUGUGGUGCAGCAUGCAGCAGAACAUGCUCAUUCACAACAUUAGAAUAACUUUGGGAUUUUGUUUUGGGUUAUAUUUUGUUGAGGAAAAUUUUCCUAGUUUGCCUGUCCCUUCUACACCAUGUUGAAUAUUUAAUUUCUAUCUGAAAUCAUAAUCAUUGUGAGAGGGGGUGGUUAUUGUUUUGUUUUAGUUUUAUGUACUCUCUGGGUUUCCCCCGCAUUUUUAUGCUGUGAAUCACCCUGAGAUAUUUGGAUAAAGCUUGGUAUACUACUACUAUACAACAAAUGCUGACAAACUCCUGCCAAAUAGGUGAAAGUAAAAGUAAAUAAAUCCCAAAGUGUGUGGAUGUAAAUAAAUAAACUUGAUUGAGUUUAGUCUGUGAACACUGAAAAUUUCAUUCAGUAACUCCACAAUUUUGACACUCACUAGAUUUGCACAAGAUUAAUACCAUUCCCUUCUGGCUGUUGACACCCUCUAUUUUGUGCAUUCACUGUAAAAUAGAUUUCUGGACUGAAGGAGUCACAUUGCAAUCACUUUUUGGUGUCUGGUUUUCUGCCUGCUCCAGGGAAAUGGUCACCGUUAACAAAAUCAGGCUUGAGUAAGAGGAGUUGUUCUUUAGUGCAAAUUCUUAACAUGCUGUCGUUCUUCAGUAAUAUGUCUAGAGUGACUUAAAUACAGCCUUUGCAAAUGCAGGGUUUUACUUUCUAACUAUAACUAUAGACUUAUGAUUCUAACUUUUACUUCAGUCUGAGAGCUUGAGGCUUCCUACUAUGUCUUACUUUGAAACUGCUGUUCCUGCACCUUAUCUCCAGCUCUUGAGCCUAAACAUAAACACAUGACAGAGUGAAGAAGAGUUUGGUGAAGGGUGAAGGUUAUCCAUUUGCUUGGCAAACACCUCUGAUCUUUGUGACUGGUUUACUCAUUUGGCUGGUUUGGAUAUUAGGGUGAGCCAUAGCUGAGGUUGGCAAAAAUGAACUUAGCCCAGGCUUGCACACUCACCCCCCUCCAAAAAAAGAAAAAGAAAAAACGAGCUUGGCUGCACUGAGAACUUUAGAAGCUUUUGCUUCAGUUUCAGAUUAACUGCAGUUUGUCAUGCUGUCCAAGCUGGGGGUUUUUCCCUAACCAUCAUUAAGAUUAACAACAGUUGAGGGUUUUGGGUGACACACCAAACUGCAAUUAAUAAAAAAAAAAAGUGUCAAAUCUCCUUGUGGCUGCACCAGAGGAGGGGGUAAUGUGCAAACCUAGGAGGUGGCUAGGGUAAUUCUUGUAAUGGUUUAGCAUUUUGUUUAAAUGACAUCAGCACUAUUAAACUGUAAACAAACACAUUGAUGACUCUUAUUUUUUAAAUUCUCUUAUUUUGUAGAAAAAUACUUUGACAUGAAAAAGAAUCAAUGCAAAGAAGGCCUUGACAUAUAUAAGAAGUUUCUGACUAGAAUGACAAGGAUUUCUGAGUUUCUCAAAGUUGCAGAGGUAAAACUUACUGGUCCAUCCAGUUCUGCCAUCAUUCAAAAUGACUAAAUGCUAUUAAUGAGAGUUUUAUGGAGAUCAAAUGGUGAUCAGUAUUUUUGAGCUAGAAUGCUUAAAGGGAGCUAAAGACCCAUCUACGCUAAGUUAGGGUGCGGGGAGAAUAUUGGUUCAUUCAGAGCUGCCUAGGAGAUCGAUCAUAUGACACCAAGUAAUGUGUGUGAAUGAAUCAGCCUUGUGGUGGUGUACACCCAAGUAUUUUGAGCUGUUACAUAUAGAAUGGAAGGAUGGCAAUCCUGCACAAGUUUCAUCCCUGCAUGCCUUUCUUAGAUAAUUCCUCACAUGGAAAAAAGUAUACUCAUGUUUUGGGGUGGAGAAUUGUUCCAUCUUGCAUUAACUUAAUAUGUGUAAUGCUAUUUCUAAGCUUCAGUGACAAUGAAUGGGUUUUGAAGGGACACAUGGGAUAUUUAGGGGAGAAGAGGGUCUAUAUUAGGGGUUGUAAGCCUAUAGUCCACCUCAGGCCCACAAAGCAUAUUGAAAUGCUAGCCCACAGCAUAUUUGGUGGUAACUUUUCUCCUCCUGUGCCAACACUGUUAGCAUGUUAAAGCACUCUAGAAAUGAGGGAAUGCUCCUUCCUGUUUCUGCAGUGCUUUGACCUACUAGCAGUGGUGACAUGCAAAAGGAUGAAACUUUAGCUAUUCCCACUUUUUGUUUUGGCUGUGCCCACUGCUGGCAUGCAGCCCUUUAGAGGGUUGCCAACAAUAAAUGCUGCCCUCAGACAAAGAAGGCUACUCAUUCCUGGACUAUAUCUAUUGUGAUAUCCAGCUCUCCCCACCCCCUAAAAAAACCUCAAAAGCAUUUGCUGGCAAGUGUUGUGUAUGCAUCCUCACAUCACCUGGGACAAGAAGUUGAGCUCGGAGCUCUCUCCCCUUCCCCGUAAUAACACUGCAGAUGGGGAUAAAAUGACCUUUCCACUUGCUUUUUUUCCUGGGCCCUCCUGCCUCCCAUUGCCACAGCUGUAGAAGAAGCCCCAGUCUAUUUCUGCAACUAAGGUGCAGUGUGUGGUGAGUUGGGUCACAGAGAAUGUUUGUUCUGAGCUCAGUCUCACAUGCACCCUCCGACACACACAUUCAGCUCAUUGCAUUGGGGAAAGAAUGAGUGGCAAAGGUUCUCAUAGGUUCUCUGCCCUGUUCCCUGUUUCCUUCUGCAGUUCUUUGUAGGUUUCUCUUAAUGUAAAGGGGCAGUCUUGAUGGCAGCAGCAAAGGGGUGUGCACAAGCUUGCAAUUUGACUAGGAUUGUAGUUCCAAGCCGUCAGGAGUCCAAGAGGAAACCUGUUUUAUUAGCAUUAACUUUGCUUAUUCCAUUGCUGAAAUAAACUGUAUUGUAAACAAAAGGCCAUUCCUAGUAACUCUGGUCAGGAUAGAUUUUGAUCACUUAUUCUUCAGAAAAGAGGCUCUUCAUCCCCUUCUAUAUCAUAUGACACAAAAAGUGAAGGACUUCAGAGCUGGUAAAAUCUCUAUGCAUGUGUUUUUGACAACAUCAUUAAAAAUGACCUUGGCUGCUUUGGGUGUUAUUGAUAUAUACCGUUGACACACUAAAGCAAGCAAGUUUAUAUUUUUCUUUACAGGUUUUUUUCUUGAGUGAUACGAUCCUUCAUAGUCUGUAGAACAGCCUUUUUUCCCUUUCAUGUUACCUUCAUUGUGCUUUCUUCAUCCUGUCUUUAGCCAAACAUGGUUAAGGCCUAUAUCUUAUUAAAUCUAUUUGUUGUUACAGCAAGUGGGGAUAGACAGAGGAGACAUACCAGAUCUUUCUCAGGUAGAUGAUUUUAUGCAUUUGUCAUGCAUGUCCGUUUGGCCUUUCAUAAUCAGAAGACCUUGGUGUAAUCACUAAUGCUUUAAUUGGUUGUUACCAUGUUCUUAAAUUGGAGGGUUUUUUUAAAAAAUGGGGUUUGAAUCUGUUGUUGGUUCCAUCGUCAGACUUCAGAACGUUUCUCAGUUGAUCUGUUUCAAAGCUAAUGAUCCUUGCUAAACUACAGUGGUACCUCGCAAUACGAAUGCCUCACAAGACAAAAAACUCGCUAGACGAAAGGGUUUUUUGUUUUUUGAGCUGCUUCGCAAGACGAUUUUCCCUAUGGGCUUGCUUCGUAAGACGGAAACCUCUUGCAAGUUUGUUUCCUUUUUCUUAACAACGUUAAUACAGUUGCAACUUGACUUCGAGGAGCAACUCAUAGCAACUUUUUAAAGACUUUGGUGAUUUUUGAAGCUUUUCCAAAACUUUCCUGACACCGUGCUUCGCAAGACGAAAAAAAUCGCAAGACGACAAAACUCGCGGAACGAAUUAAUUUCGUCUUGCGAGGCACCACUGUACUAUACUUUGAAGCAGUAGGUUGCUAAAUUUUAAAUCAGUUUAAAUUCUGUAAUAGAGGUGCAGCUGUCUAUAUAAGCAUUUGCACCCAAAAUACUAAUUCAGGUUGGCAAAGAUUAAUAGUGCAUUAACAUGUUUAUGUGGCUUAGUAGCUGCUUUCAAGUUUUACCCUUGGAACAUAGAGAGACUACUCAUUCAUGAAUGUGCCAUUUUUUCCUUGUGCUGUCCUUUUGUAUUUCUCUUCAAUGCAUGGAUGGUUUUUUUUAAAAAAUGAGCAAUCUAGGGCCACAUGUACCAUGCAGCAUUUUAAAUAAAAUUUUGGUGAUGGUGCUGUUAAGAGCUGCUGCCUGUAUUUACCUGCUUAUUGUUGAAUUCUUUGCGACUGGAGGACCUGACAUUUUUUGCCUUUAAUUUCUCAAAGGCUACUGAUUUUCUUUUGUAGGCACCAAGCAGCCUUCUUGAUGCAUUGGAACAGCACUUAGCCUCCUUAGAAGGAAAGAAAAUCAAAGACUCUACUGCUGCAAGCAGGCAUGUUUUAAAUUCUCCUUGUAGUUGGCACCAUAUGUUGGGCAAUGCUUGAAUAUUCCUCAAAUAUGCUUCACAUGUGUCCUUAUUUGUAAAAAUCGAAAGAAUGUUACUUGUUCAGGUGUUCUUAUCUGGGUGCAGUCAUGGUAACACAACACCCUCUGUUAUUUCCAAAUUUGAACAUUUCCUACGUGGCCAUUUACGUUUUCCCAAACAUCAAAUAUAAAUGUAAUAGGUGAUGUAAUUAACACCAGUUGAUUUCAGCAAAUCUAAAGUGUAAUGGUUUGAGUUUCAAGCUGGGACCUGGGAGACCAAGAUUCAGCCAGGGUUCAAAUCCCUGGGUGACCUUGACCAGUCAGUCUUUCAGCCUAACCUGCCUCACUGGGUUGCUAGCAUAAGAAGAGGGAGGGAGAACCAUGCAUGCCACCUUGAGCUCAUUGGAAGGCAAGGCAGGAUAUACUGCAUGACUUGGCUGGAUGCAGCCUGCAACUGCUAGAAGAACUCAACCUGCUUAUCUCUGCAAACCAACCACAACAGCAGUGCAGAAGGUUGUGGCAGCAGCUUUCUCUUGCCUUUGUCACCAAUAUAGCAUUGGUCACACACUUUGAAAUGAACUGAUAUAGCUUCUAGACUUCAGGACCAGUAAGGAAAAUGCAUGUGAUCUAGGCUAGACCGAAGUGGUGUCUAACAGCGCUAUGUCAUUUUAUCUCUCGGAAGUCCUAGAGAUUGUGUGCUGCUUUGACUUUGUUUGUACAAUCAGGCCAAGUGGGGCACAUUCCAUUGUGAAUAAACUGAAUCCUGAAAUAGACAGAGCAUGGCUGACUUCAAGUGUUUCCAUCAAAUUGCCCUUCCGUCAAAUAUGUACAAUCUGUACAGAAACACAGGCAAAAUCUGCUUCCCAGGGUUAAGUCUACAAAAGAAAAAAGAGUCUUGUAUGUUUAUAGGUUGGAAUAAAACAAAGCGGAGCUCUGUUGAGCAUCUUUCUCUGUUGUGUCGUCUGUAUAACUGCCAGGUUUCCUUCUGUCAACUUUUCCUAGGGCUACCACUCUUUCCAAUGCAGUCUCCUCCCUCGCAAGCACCGGCCUGUCGCUCACCAAAGUAGAUGAAAGGGAAAAACAAGCCGCACUAGAGGAAGAGCAGGCACGUUUAAAAGCUUUAAAGGUGGGCAUGAUUUUUCCUUUGUACUGAGUGUGGUAUAUAGGCGGCCUAAUGGUUGCACAGCAAGUAUGAGGGACCUCAAAGCUCUCUGUCUAGCUCUGAACUCUGCCAUCCCCUCCAGGACACACCCUUCGCUUGCCUUGCUUUGCAUCCUCCCCUAUUGCUUAUGCUUUUGAACUAUGAUAAUACCUCUUGCUUGCCUGGAUAGAGGGAGCUGUAUGUCUGACCACACUCACCACUGUAUGGAAAAAGAUUUCCCACCCUUAGUAUAUACAGUGUUCAAAGACGAAAAAGCAGGCUGUGUAUAUAAAACAGUGGAUCACAGUUGACAAGGAUGGCUUGUUCACAUUAAUUUAAAAGCUGCCUAUGAAUAUUUGGGUGGUUGGAACAAGCUUUCUGUCUCCCAAACGUUGGGGGCUAUAUAUAUGAAAUUAGGAGUAGAAUAUAGGAUUAUUAUUUUCAAAGCCUUUAGCCUGAAUUUUUUGUAUGCUGGACUACUGGGUCACACAGAGAACCAUUUAUAAGAAAAUGUAAAACCACAACAAUGUACACUGUUGCCCAUUUGUAGUUUGCCUGCCCCCUUUUAGAGGUCUUAAUAGAGCUAUUUGAGGGCUUUGUUCUGCUUAACUUUAUCAGCUGCCUAAGCAAAAAAAAGCCCUUUGUUUUUAAAAAUUGUCUUUAUUUCCCAUCAGGAACAACGUCUAAAAGAACUUGCAAAGAAACCUCAUAACUCCUUAACAACAGCCUCCUCUCCUGUGUCUAAUGCAGCAGGAAGCAUAAUGACUACACCAGCCAUUGACAUUUUUUCCACACCUAGUUCUUCAAACAGGUAUGCCCUUGAUAUAUGUCAGAACUGCUCAUAAUUGGGGGGGGGGGGAUGCUUCUAGGCAGAGUACAUCCUUAAAAUGAGACUGUUCUGUAGAUUUUAUUUAUUGUGUAGUUCUUUGGCUUUGACAUAAGCUAACCGUAAGGUUUGUUUAUCUAGUGCCAAGGGAGAAUAAGCCAAACAUCCUGGUUAAAUGUAUAAGAAAGGCAGUGAUGCUUGAAUGCUUAAGUAUGCAACUGCUCAGGACACUCUUGCGUUAUCAGGAAAGAGUAGAACUAUGCUGUAAUUUGUAGGGUUUUUUUCAGUGGUCCCAGAGCUACAUCUUUUUAACAGUGUCACAACCUUCAUUCAGUACCUCUGAGCCUGUCAGUAUAAACUGUCCUAUGCAAUUAAAGAUCCUUAGGAUUUUGGAUUUUUUGUUUUUGCAUUAAAACAGGUUAUGGGCAGGGGUUAACAAUAUUCAGUGCACACUGCUGAUCCCGCAUUGAUGAUCUACAAAAGUAUGAGACGCUCCUUUGUGCAAACACACAUGUAUUCUCUAGAUCAGUGCUUCUCAAGCUAUCUGAUGUGGUGGACCACCUCCAAUUCUCCAGGGACUGGCACCAUAUUUGGUCCAUUUAGCUUCCCAUCUAACCUGGGCUGUGGUGGUCACUGGGGAUUGGCAGCUGAUGGGUCAUGGACUGGCACCAGUCUGUGGACCACCACUUUGAGUAGCACUGCUCCAAACUCUAUAAAGCCUCUCAAAAAGAUGUAAAACUGGAGUUUUAAUAUGAAAUUGAUUGCAGUGAAAAGCACUGUGUGUUCUGGUGCCACAUGGAUACCAUCACCAGCAAUUGUGGACUUGACCUACGAGCACUGCUUUGUUAUAGAAGUGCUGGAGAAGAACAGUACAACAGUCAGUGUACCGUUGAUGCAGUCUGAUACCCAGAAUGGUUUGCGUGGUGGGACCUCACAAUAUGACUGUGUGCACUGUUGCUUUGACUCUAAGCAGCAAAAAUAAACAUGAGUUUAGCCCAACCAAAUGAAUGCUUCAUUACAUCUGCAUUUCUGCAAACUGCAAAACUUGCAGCAUAGCCUUUAAAAACAGAAGAAUUAUUGGCAAAUGAAACCUCCUAAGUAUCUAUGUGAAUCUCCCACUUGUGCUAUAUAUUCAAUGCAACUAGUAGGAGCAAUAAACCUGUGCUAGCAUGUGAAGAACCACACAACUAAUUUGAUGAGCCCAGGGAGUCAUUGUGCUUUUGUCACUCCAAUGGUAUGCCUCUCUCCUUCCAAAUAAUACCUUACAGCAGGCUGCCUUUGAUACUGGAAAGAGAUGGGGGUGGCUGCGGUUCCAAAAGGAAAAAGUCAAUCCCUCUGGGCAUGUUGAUGCCUCCUUUUGAUCCUGGCCUUGGAUAUCCAGUGAGCUAAAUUCUGCCACAUUUCAUGCAUGCACACACAUUCCAUUUAGGAAAACACUAUGAUAGUUUGAAUAGCUUUGCUAAGUUUUAUGAAAGAAAGGCAAUGUUGCUCAAGUCUUUGAUAGUUGCCCUCAUCUGUUUCCAUAGUACAUCAAAGCUGCCAAAUGACCUCCUUGAUUUGCAGCCAACCUUUCAUCCGUCUGUGCAUCCUAUAUCCUCUGCGCCACAAGUAGGAGGGACCUGGGGAGGUAAGAAACUCACAGUUAAAUCCCAGUUUUGGUUACUUCAUAGUCACUCAUAACCAUCAGUAAUAUUUCAUAGACUCUUAAGCUUUCCUGCCUUGUUAAAUUAGGUAAAAAGAUUUUUUUAAAAAAUGUCUGGGACAGAUAAUUCUUCACACCGUAUUUUGAAGGAUUGGAAACAAAACAUGGUGUAUCAUAGCGCAUAGCUUAACUUCGUUUCCUGUUUAGCCCCAAUCAUAGUUGUAUCUUUGUAGUCAUUGUGAGUUAUUGUGAGGCUUGAUUUCAGGUAAGUCUGGACUAUGGAGCGAAGUCCAGAGUAUCAGAAUGAUUCGCCUUUGCUCUGCAAACGCUAAUUUGAAAUGCUUGCGGGGCCAUCUGAUUUCCUGUAAAAUCUUAUGUGAACAUCCCAGAGCUGGUGCAUUGCACAGGCCUUGCCUCCAAAGGCAGACAGCUUAGAAGCUCCUUACAUGCUGGGCCACCCCUGACACAAAAGAGCUCUCCACCUUCCUUGGAUUUAACUUGCACAGUUUCAACAAGCCUGCCUUCAUGUGUGUAUGGCUAAAAUCAUACAAGUCAAACGUGCAUAAGAUGUGACCUACCGUGUUGAGCUUUUCAGUUGCUUAAGCCAUUCAGAUGUAUUUAAUAUGUUGGGUAAUACCUCAACACACCCCCCCCCCAAUGUAAUAUCUAUCGAUCAUUUUAUUUAUAUGCUGCCUUUCCAAAGUUAAAACCAUGGUCAAGGCAUCUGUGUACUAGUCAAAGUUGCUCAUGUUGGGGCUUCAUUCCCUCAAACGAGCCUUCUUGCAGCAAUGCACCUUCUAUCAUGUCCUCUGCCCCACCCCCCGGAAGAAUAUGCAGUAAUUUGGCCAAGUUGCCUUUAAUACUUGUCCUUUCUUGUUCAUAGCUUUGACAGCUUUGCACUCUUUUUCUCUGGCCGCAAAAUAUUUUGUGGGAUAGUGGAGGGCCAGGCAAGAUGGUAGACAUGUUUUUCUGGUAGCUUCGUUCAUGCUUGUGGUUGCUGAAGUAGAAUAAGCAUAUUCUGUUUUUGAGGACAAAUCCUUGCUGAAAAUGUUAACUAGAAUUAUUUAGAAAUGGGUAGAAUUUUCUGUAUGAAGGAUGUAAAUCUGCUUUUCAGGGUUUUUCUUUCAGAAGAUGGUAGACCAUGUUCAGGCUUCUCCCCCCUUUUUUUUCUUCACUUGAUAAAUAAGUUCUACUUAAAUGUAAUCCGUACAGCAGGAGUGGGAAAUCUUUUGAGCCCAAGGGCCAUAUUCCGUCAUGGACAACCUUCGCGGGGCCAGAAGCAGCAGUGGGUGGGCCGACAAAUGUGGCUCUUGCCAUUGUGCAGUCAGCUGCAAUAGCCACAAAGAGGUUUCUUUGUGUAUGCACACAUCUCUUCAUCUCAGCAAACAUCAUCACAGUUCAUGACCACUUUUCAACCAGGCAAAAGUAUUUGAGGAGGGUGCAGCAGAGGCGUGGUGGGAUGGCACAGCAUGGACAGAGUCCUGAGGAUUGAGGAGAGACACCCAGAGUGCUACAUUUGUCCUCCAGGCCUGAGGUUUCGCACCCCUGUCCUAUAGCUGUGAUUGGCAAUUUGUUUUUCAUUACCAUUGUGCAGGAAGUAAACUUCGCAGCUGUUUUACAUCUUGUUUUGGGGGUAUCAGAAAAUGGUUUUGAGAGGUGGUUCUGACCUGGAAGUUAAAGUACAGCCCAGGAAACAGAAAUGUGAGGGAGAAAAGAAACGUAACAAAUUAUGGGAAACAGAAAUUUAAACAAAACUCUACUGCCCUUAUGAUUGGCCAAGAGUUUGAAGGCAAGUGGAAGCGAGUUUGAGUGGGUUUUGGUUGGUUAGAGUUGGAGCACGCUUGGCAAAUUUAAGGCUUCAGUCAGAAAUAAGACAAAACGGAGAGGGCUGCGGUAAGACUCCAGAAACGGAACAGAGCGGGCUUUACUGAUACACACUGAACAGGGAAAUAGUUUAGACAAGGUUUAGCUGGAUGUAUUUGCUUAUAUGUUUAUUUGGUCUUCUGGUUGACUGAUUAGAAAAAAACUCUCUAAAUUACUACCUUACAGAAAACCUUUAGUACAAACUACAUUUUUUUUUGUCUGAUGUCUUGUUUUGUCUGCAGUCUUGUUCAUCCCACACCUAAUUUCCUCACCAUCCUAUCUAGUAAAGAGAGCUGGUUGGGCCACUAAAUGCUGUUCCAGAGACAAUCAGGGAUAAAAAAAUAUCCGCUUAGCAAUAGCAGUGAAGACCAAAGGAGAGGUUGGGUUAGCCGAGUUACUCUCCUCCUCCUCAUAGUGUAGGCUGCAGCCUGUGCCAUCGCAUUGUGUUUUGAACUGAGUGAGGGCUGCAUGACUUUAGCCUAAAGAUUAAUUCUCUAGCAGCUUUAUCGCACCAUGUUAAACCAUAGUUAAUAGUUUACCAUGAAUGGGCCGGUGGCUUCUGCUUUGCUCCUCCCCCAGGGCAUGCAGGAGCAGCAAACCAUGACCCCUUAGUGUUGCUUCCAUACCAGAGAUGGUGGCUUGCUUUGCUACAAACCGCAAUGUUAAAGCAAGGUUUGUUCUUGACUUACCAGUUGUGUUUUGUUUAAGUGAAACAAGCCACAAUCCCCAGUUGGUUGAGCCAGGGAUCAUGGUUUGUGGCUUCUGCGAGGGAGGAGGGUGAAGUCGGAGUGAUCUGUGCAUAACUGUUAACUAUGGUUUACCAUGGUGUGUGAACUGAGCCCAGAAGUCAAAACAGCAAGGGUUUUUUUAGAACUUGAGAGAUAAAAAGGCAUUUAAGAAAGGAAAUUGUAUGGGCAUAGUGAGGGCUCAUGGCAAGUCUUGGGCAAAGCCCAGGGGCUGGGGGUGGAUGAUCCAAGUUAGAGGUGCUGCACUGAAGGAAUUCUUCUAUAUCAAAGGUGUUGUGCAGUAUGUUGUAGGUGGAUUCUGACUUCCAGAGACCAGAGUAUUAAGACAGUGUCCUUUUCAGGAAAUACCUAAAUCAAGAUAACUUAGAGAAUGCCUGUUACCUCUUGCCAAUAAGCCAUUUAUGUAGGUGUCGGGGGGGAAAUGCGAACUGAUAAUCUUAAAGCAAAACUGACUUACAGAACUGCUUAUGCUGUUCCUGACUAAUGCACAGCUAACCUGGUCCCCCACCCCUAUUCCUCUUCUUCUCCUUCUUGCUCUGCUUGGACUGCACAGAUCCUUUCACUUCUACUGCUGACGCUGUUGAUGAUGCCGUUCCAAGCCUAAAUCCUUUCCUCACAAAAUCUAGCGAUCACCUCUCUGUCUCUUCUGACGUACUACCCACUUUCACUUCUAGGACACCAACUCAUGAGAUGUUCGUUGGUAAUGUACCAUCUGACUGGCUUUUCCCUUUCUCUUGACUAUCAGACUAUUCUGGGCAAAUUUAGGAUUUUCAAAAGAGAGAAAAGAAAGAUAAAACGAAUGAGCUAUUACCUAAUGACAGUUUGAGUUCCCUUCCCAGUUGAAAAUACAUGACCUACAGAAUGUAGUGCAGUGGUAGCUGUGUAAAUUCAGAUGGGCAACUACUUAGGGAUUGAGGGCGGAGAGAGGAGACUUUAUAUUCCUUCCCAGCCUUAUUGUUUUAUCUAAUAUUUGUAAAACAGCAACUAAAACAACACAAUAGCAACUAAAACAACACCCAGAGGUUACUGAAUUGGGGGCAGUUCCCCCCUAAAAGCAGGCAAGCCUUUGCUACAGGCAUAUCAACUACAGUGUUGCUCAUCUAAAUGAGCCACAUAUAGAGUUGCCCUACCUACUGUGUGCAGUAUGCAGUCCAUGGGGUAAUAUUUAUGUCCAGCUAUGUGCCCUUGGCCGCAUGGAGUUUCCAUUCCAAGCUAGAUGUGGCACAAUUUGACCUCCAGAAGCGUAAAUUUUAAGAUUACCAUGUCAUCAUAUGACUUUCGAUUUAACUCUUUCUGGUUCUCUAGAUCGCUUCAAUCCAUUUACUGAAUCAAACCCCUUUGUGGAAACCAAAUAUGCAUCCACUUUUCAGCUCUGUCACUUUACUUCAGGUAUAAUAUAAAUGCCUUGAGGGUUUUACACUUGCUUGUUUUCAGAGCUGUAAAACAUGGCAUUUUAUGAUGUCCCCCCCCCCCCCCGUCUUUAGAUAGUGUAAAAUCUUCCCUUUUUUUAGAAGUUGUUGCUAGAUUGCUUGUGUGUGUGUUAUAGGUCACGUAGUUGUUGUCUUAACUUAGUGUCCAAAUAAUUGGUUAAGCAGAUAAGAGUGUCCUGUUCCUUUCUUUCUGUAACUGUUCCUUCUUUGCUCUUCUGCUUCCUAUACCUUUAUCAGAUUCUUUUUGUGGUCCUCAAGCUUAUCCUCCUAACGCUUCCCAUUUCCGCAGUGAGCCCUCAACUGUAGCUGGCCUAUUUGGAGGUAGGUAAAAGGCUUUUGAAGCCCAGGAACUUGGUUUAGUUAUGUAAACUUGGGUAAAAUUAUGCAGACAUGCCCAUUUCAGUUUGUAAGCAAGCUGGAGAGUUGUAUGCUUUUCAUCAGCUGAUUAACACUUAAAAAUAAUUCCAAAACUGAUGCAUCAAAAUGGGUCCAGCUUGUUUUUAAAAAUAACUUAGCCUGUCCUUGCUGAAAAGGUUGCAAAUCUAAAGACUGCUUUAAUCAGUUUUUUCACUGUAUCACUUUUUGUUCAUAGAAAAUCACAGAUUGAAACGAGUGGCAAUUGACAGCGAUUUGGCGGGUGCACUUCUAAAGCACCCCGCAUGACAUUAUAACUGAAAGCCACUGUCUUUAUUUUCUUUUAUCCUGGAAAUGUUUUAGCUUUAAUUAUAAGAACUUUGCAAACAUUGAUCCCAUGAAACAGGCACAUUGGUCUUCUCAUUAAGUGGUGUGUGUGUGUGUGUGUGUGUGUGUGUGUGUCCAUGUCCUUGUCCUUGUCCUUGUCCUUGUCCUUGCAAGCAUGCACUGCUCUCUCUGAAAUGGGCCAACUGUACUUAGUGCGACAAGUUCCCUUGUGGAACAGUGCCCAGUGCUGUUUUUGAUUUAGCCAUCACAGUGCUAGCGUAAUACAUGUUCCAGUCUUGAGAACUUAAGGACCAUUUGGAUCAGAUCAAAGGUCCAUCAAGUCCAUCUUGGGAUGCUCACAAGCAAGAGCAUAGUAGUGAUGACCACCCCUUGUUCCUCAUUGAAGUUUGAUCCAUUUCUGUCUUGAUUAUCGAUAGCCAGUAAUGAGAACUGAUGCAUCUUGUUAUAACAAAUUCUGUUGCGUUUUGCCUUUUAUCCUGAAUCUGCUGAAAUUUCACUGGCUGCCUCUCAUGCUAUAGUCAGUGCCUAAGUUCCAGUGUUCUGCUGGUCAGUACUGUUCAUCACUAUUAAAUUCUAUUGUGCCCGUGUUGUUUCUUCUAAACUGUCUUCAGUUGUCCUUUGUAGGGAAAAAUGCUGCGUCCUGUAAUGACUUUAGUGUCUCUCUUCUGUGCUAUCUACAGCUUUAUAAACUAGGCUGGGGGAGCAACCAGAGUUGCUUACAGUAUACAAGAUGUUAAAAGGACCAUAUGUUUAUAUAAUAAAUUUGUAUUUCAAUCCCUUGCCACCUUAGUCCACCUUUGUUUCCCAUUUCUUCUGUUGCAUGGUACUGAUCUGAUUAGGGGAGCCUUCUGGAGCAGACAGUCUGUAUAGGAUUUUAGCAGUAUAGUGUGUCGUAAUAAAAUGGGGAAGCAUGGUGCUAUAUGCAGCUUUAGCAUUCUACCUAAAGAAACUGGUAGCUGCUACAUGUUAAACUACCGAGUUGCUUUCAGUGCUGAAGUAGCCAUAAGCAUUCAUGUAAUACUGCAACUACAUGAGGGUUUUUUAAAAAAAAAAAUCUAUCCAUUUUAGCAAGAAGUUCUCAAGUCUCUAAAAAGCAAAAUAGGUCAAAUUGGUGCCAGGUGGAAAUGAAUUUUAAAACACGUGCCUGACCAUGCUUAUGGGCAUUUUAUUUAGAAUCCUCAGGAUUAAAGUAGGUGAUGUGUAGGUCCUAAGUCCCACUGAUAUGUUUGGGAUGUAGCAAUUUAUGUGCCUGGGAAAAUGUCUGAAAAUGGGGAGUGGGGGAUAGGGUGGGAAGAGUUGGGAGCACCAGUGAGUGAUUUUGAAUACAACUCAAUCCCAGAGGUGGCUAUUUUGCAAGUAGUGAACUGAAAUAGGAAACUAGGAGUCUAUUAUCGCUUCAAAAUAAAUCUGCUCUCAGAUAGUAUAGCAGUGACAAAAUUGAAUAACUGCACCAGGCCAUCUUGUUUUGAAAAAUUCUGCCUUAAAGGGCUGAAACUGGAAAGGCUUACUAGUACUGCAGAACUCUUGCUGUGAAGCCUACUCCAGUGUCUUGGGGGGGAUGUUGUUGCUCCUUGCCUAUAUGCAACAUGCAAACUUGAGUCCAUCAGUUCUUGCCUCAUGGGUUAUUCCUCUCAAGUUGCAGUAACAUACAGUUCUGCAAGGAAAGCUUUCUUUGCAGGCUCCUUUUCAAUGUCUGAAUGCCCAUAAUCCUUUUAUGGCUAUAGAGCUGCUACUUACAUGCAAGUUGAGAGUUCACAUACUGCAUAUAAAUAAGCUCUUUUUAAAUGUCUUGUUUGUAGGGUUCACCCAGUCUCCUGUUGCUCCAUCGCAGCCCUCAGCAGGCCUUAAUGUUGACUUUGAGUCUGUGUUUGGCAACAAAACUUCAAAUGUACCUGUGGAUUCUGGUGGUAGGUCUUCCUUUCUUUCUUUUUAAAGUACCCUUUUUAAAAGACUGCUCAAAGAUGCACAAAAAUCACACUGGGUGAUAGAAUAUUUGGUGCCAGCCUUUAAAAAGCUGUUUGGAUCUUUUGGCUUGAUAAAACGGGUUAAUGCAUUUGUUUUGGAUUAAGCUUUCAUGGACAACUUCCUGUGAUGCCUCAACCUUUUCAGAAAUCUGAUAAAGUAGUUUCUCAUCCACAAAAGCUUACGCUACAAUAAAUCUGUAUUGUUGCUUGAGACAUUUUACUGAAACAGCAAGGAAGACUAGGCCAGGGCCCUGAAAGGGCCACCAACUUUGCCUUGACUUCUGUGGCAGAAAGACAGCAUAUGAAUGCAAUCAAUCAAUCAAUCAAUCAAUCAAUCAAUCAAUGUUUUCCUGCUGCUGCCAGUGCUCUUACCAUUUCUUUUUGGAUCUUGGGUGCUGAAUGUAUGGAUUUUCCAUUUCUCCACUGAAAAAUAACAGUAACAACAAUAAUUGCAGCUUUAUACCAUUUAGACUUUAAAAAUACUGAUUUUAAGAUGCCUCAUGCUACAUUGACAUGGAUUCCAUUGCCUUUAAUACUACUUGGCUUUUCUUAAAGGGUUUGAUGAAUUAGGUGGACUCCUAAAACCGACAGUGGCCUCUCAAAACCAGAGUCUUCCAACUUCAAAAGGUCCACCUAACAAGUUAGUGUUGGAUGAUCUGGAUUCAUCUUUAGCCAAUCUUGUGGGCAGUAAGUAGAGUUUAUGUAAAGUUUACAGUACCAACUCCUUGGAUAAUUGAAAUAAAUGAAUGGGCAGCUUCCAAUUGUUUAUUUCUUGUUUUGUAACAGAUCUGGGCAUUGGAAAUGGAACAACUAAGAAGUGAGUAUUUCUUAUUGCAGCAAUAUGCAGGUGUUUUAACCCAUUAAGCACAUCUUUGCAGCAAUUUUGCACAGCAAAUGCAGACUAAGGUUCUUGAGAUGAACCUGGCAGGGAGGGUGUAACACUGCCCCUUUCCCUUCCCAGGUUUUCCAUUUCUGAGUAGGAUAGCGAAUGUCUUUGAGGGGGUGGGAGCAGGAGAACUCUGAAUUAGGGAAGCUGUAUAUGAACAGUUAAUCUUGCAAUCAGUUCACCUCAAGAUUACAGACUUCUAGGUACCCAAGUCUUAUUAUCCAGGGACUGUACACUCUCUUUGCCUGCUUUCUUGCUUCUUUCUGCAUGUUUGCCUUACAUUUGGUCCCUUUGGCCUAUUUAUGUAAGGCUUGAGCCAAUUGUUUGCUGGUGUUUCUAGAGUGGUGUGCAUUAAUGGAUAGUAUUUGCCUUCAUUUUUAUCUAUUUUUGGAGGCUUGAACAGGGAGAUGUUGAGGUACAUAGUUUCAGGAUAAGAAAUAUUGCUCUAACCUUGCCUUGUUUAAACUUAGUUUAUUUUUAAACAUGUCUGCAAGAAAGGCAGCUAGAUUCCCCUCCAUCCCCUGGAUUUAAGAUCUUUCCCCCCUUUUUUUUCCUAAGUGAUGUGAACUGGACACAGCCAGGAGAAAAGAAACUAACUGGAGGCUCCAACUGGCAACCCAAAGUUGCACCAACAACAGCAUGGAACACUCCAACAAUGGUAAGCAGUUGCUGUAGGCAUAUUGAAAGAAUUCCAGCAGCUCAAAAUAUGCUGUGAAAGUGUAGGAGGGCUAUAGGAAUUUUGUCAGGAGAGGCAGAGAAUCUUAGAACUUAUCGUGGGAGCCUAAAACAACCUGACACGUUUCAUUUAGGUGAUGUUUAAUUGGAUAUUUAUUAGCUAGAGUCAUCCCAGUGGAGCCAGGCUUGUGUUUUAAGGUUAGCAACCUGGGUACUCAAACAUACUGUGCUGAUAUAGUAUCCUUGAGUGAUGUAGAGGUCUCGUGGCAUUGACAGCCUCGUGACGAUUGCACAGAAAAAUGUGUAUCUAACCUGGACUGCCAUACUUGAAACAGGUUGAAGUUUUAAUCCAUUUGUCUCACAAUUUCACUAUAAUACUUCAAUAUAAGCAUACACAAAAGGGGUUGAGAUGAAUUUUAAGCAUUGAUUAUAUCAGGGAUGGGACGGAGGCAACAUUCCCUGGUGGGCAACUUUCAAGGGCCUGCAUGUCAGUGGUAGGUGGAGCCAGAGGCAAAAGUAGGCGGAGCAACACAUAUUACUAUUCCGUUAGUACCAUAACUGGAAUCUAGCCUGUGUAAACACCAGAGGUUUCUACACAUGCAUGCAGACAAGAAUCAUUAUCCUAGUUGAAGGAUACAUUGCAGCCAUGUGGAAUCACCUGCAGAGCAGGACAUUUGAGGGACAUGGCCACAUUUGGCCUCUGGGCCUGAGGUUCCCCACCCCUGGUUCAUAUGAAGCCAGGACAUAGCUCAGGUGAAAUGGGGAAGUCUGGCUUAGUACAAGCAAGGAAUGAAGCUUUGGAGCCAUCACAAGGGGACGAGUGAAGAAGGAAUGCUCAGCCCCAGCACUUGUUCACAGCUUUAUGAAACAUGUAUUAGGAAGCCAGGAAAGAUGAUUUAAAUCAAGCCAUAGCCUUAUACCAUUUUAUUCACAAAGUUUGUGAGAGAGGUUGCACUGGUUUUGUGCGAAGUCAGCCAGUGAUUCUGGUUGAUACUGGAUUUGAACCCAGGUCUCCUUGUGCCAAGUCAAUGCCCAAUCCACUGCACCAUGCUGACUUUUAAUAAAGGUACAUUCUAAUGAGGGAAGCAUCAUAAUUUAAAGUUUUAUUUCAUCAUAAGCCCUGUGAAAGGAGACCUAUGUUGGAUAUUAAGCCUUCACCAGAAACUCUGUAUUUUGAGGUGCAUUGUUCCUUGAAGCCUGAGCAAUCUUUUAAAAGAGAAACAAUUGUAGUCUCAGUAGGUCAUAAAGGACUUGUAGGGGCAGGAGCCCUCCACAUCCCAAAAGUGCUCUAAAAGGUUCCAAGCUGUGACUUCUCCAGAUCCAUGUGAUGGCACAAUAGCCACAAGGGAGGAUUUGAAUUGUACUAAAAAGAUAUGGUGUGACUGAAAGCAAGGCAGGGAGCAAAAACUUCAUGUCUGAUGCUGCCUGUAUUGUCAUAUAACUUGUUAAGAGAAAUUGAAAGAGAUGCCUCAUGUGUUCGAUCAGUUGCCUUCUUGCUGUUGACUUGCCUGCAGGAAAAUAAUAAUAGGUGACGGUUGCUAGCCUGGUGUAUUUUUUUAACAUGCUUGGAAGUGGUGGCUCAUAAUCAUUUACCAGUAGAUAUAUGUGACUUUUCAAGUAAUAAAUACUACAACUCUGGGCAGGCAUGUGUGACAGGAGAGGAUAACUGUGGAAGGAGGGCUAGUGUUAAAAGCUACAGAGAACAGCUUUUUGCCUCUAACACAAUCAGGAUCAAAUGCGUAAGGCCAUCUACACUGCUCUGAAUUAAGCACGUGCUAACUGCUAGACAUUCUGGCCUGCCUGUGUUACUAUUUUUGUGCUUUAAAAUGGGAACUUAGUGACUGAACUGGGCACCAUUCCACCCAUGUGUAUUUUGAGAUAAUGGUCAUUUGACAAUGACCUUCAAAUGCCACUUUCCCACCCAAUGUUAGCUGUAACCUUUACAAACUACUUGGGAGAAAGACACUUGUAAAAGGAGGGGCGGCUUGAGUACCCUGUCCUUCCCACCAAACCUCUCCAGCAAAUGUUCCAGCCCAUGCAUCUCGUUCUGCCUUAACUUUUCAUUCCUGGAGAUGGUUGCUUCUAAAUGUUUAAUAAUUUCCUUUUAGGAGCUGUGCUGAACUGCCUUGUGACACAGCUCCUGUCUGAUAAGUCUCACCUGAAGCUAUGAGAUUCCUAAAUGGUUUUCAUGAGCUGUUAGAAUAGGAAGGACUAACUCACUUCCAUUCAUCCUCUGCCUUAACUCUGUUUGUCCUGUUCUGGUUCCCUUGUGAGUGCUUUCCCUUUAAUUGGUACCGGUAGAUUCCAGCAUUUAUGGAAAACUUGCCAACACAAAGCAUGUGAAAAACAUGUAGAAAUGCAGAGGUCGUGCUGCGGCUUCGUCAACCUUGUCUGUGUCCUUUUUACCAGAUGCUUAAGUGGCUUUGGAUUACAAAAAUUAUAUUUCGGGGAGGGGUUUGAACUCACUUUUUGACUAAAAUGCUCUGUGUGUAUAUUCUGUUGUGUAAGUACUCAUUUCUAAUCCAGUGUUAUUGCAUUAUGUAAUUGUUCUUCCGGGGGAAAACAGAAUGGCAUGCAUUUUCCACAAUACGUAAGUGAACAAAACCUGCAGCCUUUUUUUUUCCUUUUUGCAAUCAAAACUGGCAUGCUGAUAUUAACCACUACAGCAGAAUCUCAUAAUCCUGCUAUUCCACACUUUUUUUUCUCUUGAGUUAAGAUCUUUGGGCAUGACGACAACCUUGAGCAGCUUCUAUCUAGCUUAUCCAGAUCUCAAGGUGUUCUGUGGGCCUCUUUUCUCCAAUGAUGGCAUGGAAAAAUACUAAGAUGAUUUUUCUUGCUUUAAACUCUGCCAUUUGCUGCGAGAUAGCUGGUGCGUGUGUCUGUAUUGCCUUUUUUUAAAAUGCAUUUGGUGGAUAAAUCAAACCAAAAAAGGCAUUUGUGCGUGUGAAAUAACUGCAUGAAACUUCACAGGCUUCUGUUCGACUUCACAAUUCACUAUCUGCAGACUUGAUUUCAAAUAGGGAGAGACCAAUACGUCCCCAAAUACUAAACCAAGUGAAAAUGCUCACCCAUUUGGUUGUGUAUCUGAAAGACUUAAAACUUUUGAAUUAUCCUUCAAAGAUGGGUGGCAUCUCCCUUCAGCACUAAAAGGACAAGUAACAGUGGUUAAAAUGACAAGUCAACCUAAUUUCUCUUGUGUCAAUAAGAGCUAAAGAAUGAAGUAACUAAUGUGUUUGUUUUCCAAAUGUUUUAAGGUAAGUUUAUUCAUUGACUGUGGGGUGUUCCCUCACUCCCGCUUUUCUACAGCUACUGUGUGUGUGGUUCACCCUAUCUGCUUUACACGUGGAUAUUGCAACUGUAUUGUUUUACAUCCAAAAUCUUAAGCGACUUUAAUUCUUUAGCUCUUAACUAUAGUGAUCCCAGUUUAGCCCAAUUGGUUUCUCCUUCCAUGUUACUGUUGGUCUUUCCCUGUAUUCUCUUCAUUGUGGGGAAAUCCUAAGCCAGCCUUCAGCUCCUAAAAGCCUAGCAAAUGUAUGGCCUAAGUAUGCAAAUGCAUAAUAUUUUGCUUAAUGGCUGUAUGAAUAUUAAUCAUGGUCAUUUCAUUAACCAUGUUAGCCAAUAGCAAGUUGGAUUCCAUUGUCCAGUGGCUAUUACAGUUCAAAGGAGUAAACAUUUUUGAAACACUGUAUGGUUCUUUUCUUCCCAUCCCUACCCCGGAGAGUAGGGAUAUUGUUUCUGGAGAGUUAAAUCUCCUACGGAAACAGUUCUUACAGAUUAAGGGCAUGAUACAAAACAAUGCUGUUCUAUUUGUCCCUAAGCUCAGAGGGUUUGUAUAGGAAAAGUUCCAGGAUUGCUUGUGUGCAUCUAUAUUUUUCUGCUUUGCCAUAUUUUUUAGAGAUUCCUCCACUUUCUAGGACUUCUGCUGUAUGAUGCAAGAGUGUCAAAGCCAGAGGGCUUGAGCAGAGUUUCAAAGUAGUUACUUCAAGCAAGAAGCCCAGUUCCUGUAAUAGUUGUCUUGCAUAUGGAACUGCAGAUUUUUUUUUGAAAAAAGUAUCACUGGUUUGGAGGAGGUGGUAAGCUUCAUAAGUUACCCUCCUACUGUCAAACAUCACAUCUGGCAGAAAGAACACCCCAGUCUGUCCCUUUCAGAUGCUGGGAGGUCUUUUUGGCUGUGAUAUCUUUGUUAAAAUGGGAUUUCAACUUGUGCAUUGAUGUAAAAUAUCUUCUUGAACUAUUUAUACUUCCAUAUAAGUCUCCGGGGCAGCUGACAAGAUAUGCCAAAACAAACAAACAUCGAGUCCUACAUAAAAAAGAAACAUGCCAAAUUAAAAAACUCCCUAUAAAUGCUGUAAGCAGAAACAAACUUUUACCUGGCCCUUUUUAGAAAACUCAGAACAGCUCCUGUUCAGACAGGCAGCUGUCUGCUUUAUGCUUAUAGCCUGGGGUGUUCCUUGACUAUUCAGCUACUGGUUGCAUGAAGCCCAUCAAGUGAGGCUUUGUUUGACAGCACUCGACUUCUUGUUUUGGGGAAGCAUCUAAUUAUUAUUAUUAUUAUUAUUAUUAUUAUCCAGGAUGCUAGGUUCACAUUGUCUGUAAAGCAAUCCUGGGGCUGAAGUGAUGCCCUCUCAACUUAUUGGGCACCAGCUAUAUUGUUACCUUGUACAUUCGUAGCCAUGUUCAGCUAAAGAAACUCUAAUGGCUUACCUGCAAGGAUGUUACCAUGAUGCUCACUGGCCAGUUUCUGGCUCUGUCAGAUAUCAAUUGAUCAGCUGUCAGAGAUGCUCAUAUUUACAGUCAAAAGCAUUUCAUUGCUGUUUGUGAAGCCUUUUCCAUUUGCAUGCCGCUUAAGGUUGUCUCUUUCUCAUUAGGCACCGCCCGUCAUGGCCUAUCCUGCUACAACACCAACAGGAAUGAUGGGGUAUGGAAUGGUCAGUAAAUGUUUAUAUUCAUUUGAAGUAUUUUUAGGAGCGCUUUUAUCGUAGCUUGCUCUUUCCAUUUCCUUUGGGUUUCUGGGUGUGCUUGCAACACAUAUGUUGAACAAGAUGCCACAUACCUGGCAGAUUAAUUUUAGCCCCACUUGUUUGUUUUUUGACCUUUUUCAUUUUGCCACACAAAUAAAUGCAAUACUUAAUGUUCUUUACUUCCACCUAUCUUCUGUUACAGUGACUACUUUAAAAAUAAAUUCCAGGAAGCCUUAGCAUUUCUCACUGAGACUAUAAGAGUGAAAUGAGCUUCCUUGAAAAACAGCUCCCCCUGCCCCACAAAUGUGCAGCCAUACAGUGUGUGUUCUAAGGGCAUUCUGUUCAUACAGAGCAAUGGUGAAGCCUAGUAGGUUUGGCCAACACCACAUGGGAACAGUAUCCAUCCUAGAACAUAUGUAGAAUCCUCUGGCAGAUAUAAAGAGGCUCCUACCAGGCAAGAUACGGAGUUUGUUUGAAACUUAGGAAGUUUGAAAGCACUCCUUUUUAAGGUGACACCCUUGUAGAUUAGCCUCAGAUGUUGGGCAUGCCUUGUGCUAAAUGCAACAGGAAGCUAAACUGCAGAUUAGUUCUAAAGUGUUCAGGGCUAAGUGGAAAAUCAAUGCCUCCUUAACAACCCAGCAUUUGAAAUCUAAAUGAAUUUCUAUUCGGCCCCCUCUGCAGUCUUCUGAUCCUUGGUUAAGACACUUUAUCUGAGCAAAUUUUAAAUUUGCCUGUUGGUGUUUUAAUGGCUGGUCUUAAGAUAUUUGUUGAUUUUAAUAGCUGCUCUUUAGCUUUUAGCUUUAGCUUUAGCUUUUUAAAAAAUGAAAACAUCUUAGCCUGGUACAGGAAUGAAUAAAGUGAAAGAGCUUGGUAUAUCACACUAGAUGUUGUUCAAAGUUUUCAGCUCAAUGUAGAAACGUGAAGCAGUAGCCUAUCUAAAAGCGUGGAAAGGUGCAUAGGAACACAGACCAAAAGUUCCCAAUGUUUGGUUGCUGGAAGCUUUUUUAAAUGUUCCAUUAAUUAUUUCCUUUACAGUGCCACUAACUAAACUGUACAGUUGGAGGCAAUUUCUGGUGGUGGUCUCUUUUAAAGAGCUGUGCAUGAAAUUAAUUCUUUGCUGUUCUGGAUUUUUAGCCAUCCCAAAUGGGAGGAGUACCAGUAAUGACGCAACCAACCUUAAUAUACAGCCAACCUGUCAUGAGACCUCCAAAUCCUUUUGGUCCUGUAUCGGGAGCCCAGGUGGGUGUGGAACUGGCCUACAAAGCCGUAUGCUUCUGGCAGCUCACAAGCUAGUCAACAAGAGCAUUGUGUGUAUAUUUGGUCAUGUUGUCAGGUGGUGCAUUACUUUUGCUUCAACCGUUAAGCCUGCUCAGCCUGGGAAACUUGCAGCCCCAAGGAAGGAAUGGUGAAGAUGGGAUGGAGGAAAGCUAACAGUGCCAAAAGGCCCUUAGCAAGCAAGGUGAGGAUAGUCCAGGAAGAGAUGGCGCUGAAGGAAAGUUUGAGAAGGCAUCUUGUCAUUAGAAGAGAGUGCUUUCAGGUAUUAAGAGACAGAGGAUGGUAAGGAAGAGGGAGCAGCAGUUCUUCAUAGUUAGCAGUGGCAAACAUUGUGGUGUCGUGUGUCCCCCCCCCCCCAUGUUUCUGGACUACAACUCCCAUGGUUCCUAACACUGGCCAUGUUCACCGGGACUGAGAGGAGCCAGAGUUCAGCAUCAGAAGAGUAGGCAGCAAAUAGUACUGUUCAGUUUUCUGUUGAAAAGCUAAGCUAAGGUGUCAGAGUGGCACUGUUUUUAGCAGGGGUGUUCUAGAUCUUUAUUAAAGAGAGAAGAGGUGAUAGGAAGAAAGUCUGAUUAAGGCUGCAGAUAAAACUUAGCUUUUCUAGGUGCCACUUCAGGAGUGGCAAUUUCCUCCAUUAAUGGUACUACUUCGUACAAAACCACAGGCUAGCCAAGUGUAGCAGGCACUGAUUGGUGGCAUGCAUGCAGUUGUUUAUCUGCUUGUACACAUUCUGGGAAGGAGUGGCCAGUUGUGGGUUCACAUUGCGUUUGUACACAGCAGAAGAGAUGUGUGUGCAAUUGUCAUGUUUGUUCAUUUGUUGCAGGAAACUUUUCGCCUUUGAAAUCAGCCAUAAAUUUGCCCUCAAAAGGACCCAAGCUUGUUCCAGUAGGAUGUGGCACAUACAGUUCUCCUUUUUCUAUUCUAGUAUGGAAAUCAAGAGGUUUAAUCAUAGAGUCUUGCCUGCUGUAACUUUUAAACUACUACUUGGUUUUUUUCUUACACACACACACACACACACACACACACACACACACACACCAUUUUCAUCCCUUAUAUUUGCACUGUACUCUGUGGCUCCUCUUUUACUGCUUCUGUAACAUAUUCAGAAUUUGAGACAAUCUAGAGUGGUGGGUACAAGCUAUUCUUUAGCUGUGCAAACUUGGGAGUUGAGCUUAGGACAUUAACGUAGGUCUUUCAGAUCUGCCAGCCAUUGGACUGACAAAUAUUUGACACAACUCACCCUCCCUAGCAGGUGCACUUCAAGUGAAGAGGCCUGCUGGCCACUGCCACUAAACUUUGCUUCAUUGAUGUUUGUCCAUGGAACAUUCCCUGAUGUAACCCUGCAUAAAAUGAAUCAAGGCUGUUUGGUGGAUUGCACCCAUUGGUGAUUUAAUUGAUGAUAUGUUGAAUAGCAAUCUAAAGCUUAUUGGUUCAGUAAAAAUGAACAAAGAUUGUGUGUUACUAAAGGGAUGUGCUUGGCCGAGAAGUCCAAAGGUAGUGGCACAUAUAUUGAGAUGGAAGAAAGAAAGUUUGAUAUCCUGAGGCCCAAACUGUUCCCUGAUUUGGAUGUUUAUAGUUCUUUUCCCUUUUGAAAGAAACAGGUAUAUUUGUUCAUGUUGACCUAGGUAUUACGUGAAUGCAUCCAGUUCUUAGUAAAUAUUAGGUUAUAGGGCAUGGUUUCUGUACUUCCCUGGUGAGAAAAUGUGAGGUUUGACUCUUGGGAGUUAUUCCUGAGAUUGAGAUGGGAUGUCACAAGCUGAAUCCUACAGUGUCCUUGAGUCUGUUGAAUAGUUUCCUAAAGCAAUGGAAGCUCUAUGUUUCUUAGUAAGCAGGGAAUGAGAAUUUGGCUGUUCAGCUGGAUGCAUAAAUUAGAAAGCCUUCCUGAAGAUGGGACUUUACCACUUCAGAAUGCAAGUAGGUACUAGCAUUGUUGGGGAACAUUUGAUAUGUAAAGGACCCACUCAUAAAAAUCCUAGUAUAUCAGGGAGAAGACCUGGGUCAAAUCCUGCUUGGUAGUUUUGUUCCGGACAGUGGAAGCAUUAUGUCGUCUGCUGUUCUUCCCUGGCACAUAUUCAGAAGUGAUGACAUGUCUUACAGCAGUUUCCACUAUGCAUCUCUUGUGAAUGUCUAGAUUUAUCUUAACUAUGUACAUAAUGGGUGAGGAAAUAGGUUUCCUCUGGAAACCCCAGAUGUUGGGAAAUGUACCCUUUAAUUGAGGCACUUGCUGAGUUUGCUGCUGGAUGGAGCUGUUUGUCAUUCCUCCUUACACUCUGCUUUACUGUGCUGAUGUCAGAUUUAUUAGCGUUUCUUGGGAAAGGGAACAAAGGCCCGUUGUGGGAGCCUGUUUGCUGCUCUGAACCCUGGCAGUAUUUGGCUUCUUCCUCUGCCCCCUGUUCCUCCACACUAGACGCAUUGUGUACCCAGCGCCUGCUUCAGGGUUCUGAAAGAGCGUCUCCCCUUUGGUCACCUGUUGGUCUUGGCAGCUCUUUUGUUAGCAAAACUGCACGAGCGGGAGUGCCUUCCACAUAACACGAACUGAGCAUGUUGCAAAACUAACUUGAGUGGAUGAGUCUUGACUUCCAUCAGUGCCAUGAAGCUGAAAGAGACCAUUCAUGGAACCUCCCUCCUCUUCAUUCAUCUACAUAAUUUUCGCUUUCCUCUUCCAUAUCCACUUAAUCAUCUCCAGACACCGCCUACUAGAAAAAAAACAACAUUUCGUUUCUGCCUUGUUUAGCCAAUGGUCCCUUAAACUCAGAAACGGCAAGCCCUAGUUCAUGUAGGCGUCCAUUGAUUUGGCUUCCGUGUGGUAGGAGACUUGUAGCAGCCAGCAGAGAUGGGGAGCAUGUGGCUCUCCAGAUGUUGGACUCCAGGAAUCAUGGGAGCUGUAGUACACCAACAUCUGGAGCACCAGUUUCCCCAUCCUUAAGCUACCGGCUCCCAACUGCAGCAGCUCUCCAUAGAGAGCUUGUUGCUCCAUAACUGUUGCAGCAACAGUGGGAAAAGGAGGUCAACUCUCCUGUUUGGUGUGCUCUUGGAGGUGAGCAGGGGGCACAAAGGUUGGAAGGAGCUUCUUCACAGGUGGCUGUAGCAACUGAUUUUAACAGUUUCAGCUACUAUAGCCACCAGAAGGCUUCUUGCCACUUGGAACAUUUAGAGUGCUGGGUGAACCAGGACUGUGUCAGAGGCUGCAUCUCGCCUUUUUCAUGUGUGGAAAAUUGCACCUGAUUGUUCCCAUGAUUAUUCUUUCUCUGUACAAAAGGGGAGGCGACUUCUUACAUUCAGAGAAGAAAAUUUAUCACUGUUCAAGGAUUUUGAUUAUAAUAACUUCCUUGGGAGUGACUGAAACGAUUUGAUUCUUUCAAAGAGAAGCCAAAAAAUGUUCCCUAGUCUCAAAGAAGGCUAGUAGAUGUGUUUGAUUGAUUUUAUAUAUAAAAAACACAAAUCAAUCAGGGUGUGUGUGUGUGUGUGUGUUUCUAUUUGAAAUAAUCAAAUUGGAUUGCCAUCACCAAGGACUGGAAAUGCACUGGAAAAUCUUCUCCACAGCUCUGAAGUUGCCUUUUCUGUCAUUAAGACCUUUCCAAUGUGCCAUCUUUGGUCACAGCUGGGAGACCAGCCAUAAACAUUUAGGAAGGGGCUAGUUGGAUGGUGAGGGCUUGGCAAUAGGUCUGAGCAAUGGCCAUGAAGUGGCCGUACCUUAAAAUAACUGUACGUGACAAAUAAACUACAUCUUGCAUAAAACAAGUAUGCUGCCAGUGAAUGGCUAUGGGAUGUAUAGGUUAAGCAAUUGCACACAUUGAUGCUGUGCAGAUCAUUUGGGCGAUAAAUGUGACCGGGGGGGAGGCAGUCCCUUGCACUUUGUGCAGGAAUGUGCACUAACAAAACAGAAAGACCGUAUCCAUCUGUCAGCUGCAUUUGACUCUCCCUCUGGUGGAUGUUUGCCGUUCUGUGUUGAUCCAAGCAAAUUGAGGAAACUGAAUUGUUUGGGCGUGGGGAGAGAACAUUCCGGAAGAACAAAACAAAAAUACACAGAGCAUAGUAGAGCUAUGGAAUUUGCUCCCACAGGAAGUAGAGACGGCCACCAACUCUGGAUGGCUUCAGAGGGGGAUUAGGCAAAAUUAUGCAGGAUCAAGUUGUCAGUGGCUACAAGCCAUGAUGAUUGUGUUCUGCCUCCGCUGUUGGAGGUAAUGCGUCUCUGAGAACCUGUUGCUAGGAAUUGCCAGUUGGAGUGCUUUUGUACUCGGGUCCUGUAUGUGGGCUUCCCAUGGGCAUUGGUUGGCUACUGUGAGCCCAGGAUGCUGGACUAGAUGGGUCUUUGGCCCGCUCCAGCAGGGUCUUCUUAUGGUCUAAUGUUAUGCUCUUAAUAGAGAGAGUCCUGGGCUUGGAUACAAAGGGCUGCUUCAUGCAUGCGUCAGGCUGCCCAGUGGAUUUUCACUUUCUAACAGUAGGCUUCUCCUCCCCGCUCAAUUACGCCAUGUAACUAUUACUGGAAAGCAGGUUUUCUUUUCUUAAAAAGUGUGCCUGUGCAGAAUGCAUUGCUGCUGUUCAAGGAACGGAGUACUUGGCUGUGAAAGUCUAGUUUGGCCCAUGUUUGUCAACCUCAUCCCUUGCAAGCCACUUCUGUCCUUCAGGCCCUACUUUCCCCCUGUACCAGAGAAAGUGUAAGACCACAGCAGUUAACGGUGAACAAGUGUUUGUAUGGUAUUUUUCAUGGUUAAUGCUAAUACAGAUACGUAGGUUUCUCAAGAGAACACAAGGAUAUACAGCAAGACACAUGCGGCCCUCUUUCUGCUGCUUAUGCAGCUUUUGGCACCUAAUGCUGCACAUUGGCCAUCCAUGGAAUGUAAAUAAAUUUUAAGUGAGGCCUGGUUGUCAUAGGUUGUUUUGAAAGCUAACUUCAGGUCUAGCUUCUGCUGUUUUCAGAAACACACUCUGUUGUGCCUAGUUGGGACUGGUAACUAUUGGAGACCAUUGCCAUACCCUCUGGAUAAAGUGCUAGUGAUUUCUGCCAGUCACAUGCCAGAAAUUCACCUUUGCCUAUAGGUAACCUUCUAAUGUCUGCAUCUGUCAUACCAUUGGGGCAGAUUUCAACUUAGCAUGCAAUCAGACCUUUUCUUUUUAACCAGCCCACUUCAGUCCUAACUACCUUUCUUAAGCCCCUCCUCUCCAUCACUACAUUUUCUGCCUUCAUAUUUCUGUCAUUGAGGCCUUCUUUUUCUCUUUCCUUCUCUGACAUCUUCUUUCCCAGCUGUCUGCAGCAUCCAGCCCAUCCACUCAGAGUCCACACAGAGCUUCAGGGAAGGAUCCUUUUGCAGAGCUCUCCCUCCAGGAUUUCUUAUAGGACAAUUUAGGUAUUGCAUGUUAACUCUGGGGGCACUGCAAGCUCGGAUAAUGCCUCGUUUGCUAACGUCCCUAGCAAUAUUCAUCCUCACAUUAAAAUGACACAGUCUGGGGCUUUGUAAAUUUGCAUGUUGUUAUUCUGUGACCUGCUAUAAACCACGGCUGCUAAUGUGGGAUGCAAGAGAAGAAAAUUAUUAUUAUUAUUAUACCACCCUUCAUCCAAAGAUCCCAGGGCGGUUCACAACAGAGAAAUACAAAAUGAGAAUGCAUAAUAAAAACAAAAACUCAUAGCCCCCCUCCCACAAUCACCUUUAAAAAGGCCGGGUUGACAAGAAACAUUUUCACCUGGUGCUUAAAGAUACAUAAUGAAGGUGUCAGGUAAGCCUCCCUGGGGAGAGCAUUUCAGAAACAGGGAGCCACUGCAGAAAAGCCCAGUUCUCAUGUUGCCACCCUCCAGACCUCUCGUGGAAAAGGCACAUGAAGAAGGGCCUCAGAUGAUGGUCGCAGGUUCCAGGUUGGUUCAUAUGGGGAGAGGCAGUCCUUGAGGUAUUGUGGUCCUGAGCUGUUUAGGGCUUUAUAGGUCAAAACCAGCACUUUGAAUUGGGCCUGGAAACUCAUUGACAGCCAGUGCAGUUGGACCAGGAUUGGUGUAAAUAAUGCUCAAACCGCCUUGCCUGGUGAGUAAGCUGGCCACCAGAUUGUGCACCUGCUAAAGGUUCCAAACCGUCUUCAGAGGCAGCCCUACAUAUAAUGUGUUGCAGUAAUCCAGCCCAGAGGUGGUCCGCCAGCAUCUGGAGGGGGUACAGGUUCUCUGCCCUUAAUGCUAGACUUCUCAUGCACCCCAACCCUCUUUCCCCAUGUGAAAUAACUGAACCUCACAUUCUCCAGAACAGAAUCUUCACUAGCCCUGCAGCUGAGCACAUUGUGGGAAGAAGGCAAGUGGAUUGACAGGCUGUCAUUGCAUAAUUCGUUCCCAUUUAUUGGAAUGUUCAUGCUCCAGAAAAUGUACAUUCCCUUCCCCCCUCCCCACCUCUUGUCAACACCUUUGUUUUGUUUUGUUUUUUGCAUAGCCUCCUAGGUCUAAAGCCCUAGUCUCUUUCAAGAGAGAUGUGCUUUGACGUCCUAUAUAGCAAUCCAUAAUCCCUCCUGUAAGUGCCAUAAUGCUGUUUUCUGUUCAUUUUAUUGUCACCUGAAGAAAUGACCUGAGAUUCCUUCGCCAGUUUUAUGACCGCAGUUUCCCAUCCUCUCGGCUGCAGCUCAAGGGUUGCAGCCCACAGUUUAAUUGCUUAUCGCCCCAGAGGGCGAUACAAGUGCAGUCGUUGCCAAUGUGCCCUCUGGCUCUCUGGAAAUGGGAAUAGACCUGCACAUUCUACAUGCAAUAGGGAAAUGCUGAUCUUCGUUAUACUCAAGCGCUAUCUAUCUCUGUAUUCCUGGUCUGAUACCUUGGAACCUACUUAGCCUAUGGCCAGUGAAUGGACGUUUGGAGGGGGAGGGCAGGUUAGUUGUGCAAACCCGUAAAAUGGAUACCUUUGUUAUCUCCUCAGAUACAAUUCAUGUAACUGCACCAGAAGGGGUGGGACAGGAACAGUUCCAGAAAGACCCGUGCUCGACAACAGACCCUUCUUUCCAGCCAAAUCAGAACUGAUGCCUCAGCUCUCCUCUUCACUAGAACGGCCUGGUAAAACCACACAAGGCCCCACGACAGCAGUAGGAGCACCAACAACAUAGGGAAGCCUUGAACCCCCGCAGCACUCUCGGUAUAAAACCAAGAAUUGCCACAAUUUUGGUGUGGGAUCUGUUUUUCUUUUUCUUUCUCCCCCUUCCUGGUGACUUCUAAUCAUGUCAGUAACUCGCCACCUGUUUUAACACUCUCCGUCAAUAACACACACACACACACACACACACAAAAGGAAGCCUCUUAUUUUGCCACGAAGGGUACAACAAGCACCUGGAACUGCCGCUUGGAACGAAGAGCUGGGCAUCCUCUUACCCUUAACUCCAACGACUUUCUCUAGGGGAUCAAAUCCGAAAACACCCUUUUAAUUCUGCCAUUUCCUCUCUGCAGUCAUCGCAAAUGUUAGACUCAAUAAUGGAAAGUUUUAACUUUUUUAAAAAAGAAUUAUAUAUUCCGUUUGCAUAGACAUUCCUUUAUGUAUUAUUGUUUGUAUUUAUUUAUGAUUAUCAGUUUAAGUAACAAUGUAUCACAAAGCCUCCUUUGCGGGGAAAUGAGCGUGGAUGUAUACAGUAUGUCUCCCUUUUGGAGUUUCUUUUUCCCCCCUUCCCUCCCUCCCUCUCUUCCCAUUUUUAUUCACGAGAACUAUUCUGAUUCAGAGUGCAUCUUCACUCCAGUAACGCACCCAAACUACACAGAGCACUGAGUACGUUCAAUGGUCUGAAAACACCAAUUGUCCAAACUCCAUGGGAAUUAGUUCUGUCAAGGAUUUUGGCAAGGGGUGGGGGGGAGAAAAACAGCUGACUGGUUGGGAGGAGCACAGAAUUUCUCGACCAGAUGUUGGUGCUUCUGGGAUGAACUUUUUUCCUUGCUUUGUGCUUGGCAUGUCAUUUAUCUUACACUUGACGUACGGCCUUUCCAAAAUGAAUGUGAGGAAUUGCUUUCAUUUUUAAAGACUUUCCUUCUUCUCUGUACAAAAACCAAGCAAACCCCGAUACAAACUUCUGAGGUAUUACGUGAAAAAAAGCCUUCGAUCUUUUCUUCUUCUUUAUUUGCUAGUGCCAGCUCCAUGAUCAUGUAUCGUGAAAUAGAAUAAAAACUCAGAAGAGAAGUUGUGUCUUUACUAAAGGGCACAACCCCAACCACCAAGUUCCCCAGCAGAAGCUCCAUUCAGUCCGGUCUGGUGAGGGGCUUCUGCAGGAGAACUUCCCGGUGGGGUUGGCCUUUCAAUGUCGUAGGAACCCUUUUAGUUUUUCUGCAGAAUUUGAAGCAGCACUGUUGAUCGGUGCUUUGUGUAAAUACAAUCAUACCAGUUUGGGUGGCAUCUGGGGCCUUAAGAAGGAUAGUCAAAAGGCAUGAAAGCAAUUCUGUACAUGAAUUAAGCAUACUUGCUGCAUUGUCUCCGCAGAUUCUAUUUUUGUUUAAAAUGUUUAAAAGUACGUUAGCAAAAAAAAAAAAAAGGUGGAUUUUCAAAUAAAAUGCAGCUUCCACAGAACUUCUGUUUAUAGUAUGAAGGUCUACAAUGGUGGGUUGGGAUGUGGGGGCGGGGUCUGUUUGGGUUUUUUGUUGCCAUUUUGCAAGGUAAAAUGUGCUUUGAUACACUGUGAGUGGAGAUUGACAUUUUGGCUGCUUUUGCAACUUGGUCCAUUGCAUUAGUGGAGAUGUAUGUGGACAACUUUUAAACACAGCUGAACAUGGUUUGCAUUUAGGGCUCAGCUAGCCUUCUAAAUCCAAUUUCAUCAAGUCCUGUGCUCAGGUUAAAAACCCUUUGGGGGUGGGUGAAUUUGCCAUUAAAGGGGGAAUGCCUGAAUUGUGCCAACUUUACACUUGUGCCAUUUUUUAUUUUUUAUUUUGGUUCAGCUAUGCCCAAUGACCUGUCAAGAUUGAGGUAAUAAAAUUUGACUGGGCUGUACUGUUGAGGCUGUGUAUUAGGGAGAAGACCAGACUGGAAUUCUCCAAAUGGUGCUUUUCUAUGUUAGAGGGAGCACUCCUCCCUUCACUUCUAUAGGGAUGCCUGAACUAUUGAAAAUAGGUUGCAUGUCCAAGCCUUGAUGGUAACUUCCUCAAAAGAAGCAGUAUUUGUGCUUAAGACUGUGUUUACAAGUUUGGGACCUAAGCCCUGCCAGCUCAAAAAAUCAGGUGGUCAGCCCUACACUGUUUCUCUACACACUCAACCAUGCCCAAAGUUGUUUGUGGAUGUUGAGAAGUCCUCUCUCUCCCCUUGUAUUCAUAUGGAAGAGGACCUAUCUCUCAUGAGGUACCUAACUACAGCAAAGAGCAGCCAAGCUUAGCCGAGCAGCCUUUUGUAGAAGGAGCUUUGUUUAAGCCACAAAUCCCAUUGUCCAGCAGAAAGGAAAAGCCCGCUCAAAGGUUGUGUGCUAGCUAGCAGUUUUUCUUUUAACCAGAAUGGUGGAAGCUAAGCAACUUAGAAGCCCAGAUGAGCAGAAACCAAUCUGAAGUUGACUACUAGUGGAGUCAGGGCCAACAAAAAGAACAUUUUCACACAGCACAUAGUUAAGCUGUCAAAUUAACUCCCACAAGAGGUAGUGAGAGUUACAAACAUGGAUGUCUUUAAAAGAAGAUUGAGCAAACUGAGGGAUAAGGCUGUGUUCUCCCUCCACUCUUGGGGGCACUGUUUCAUUUAAUCUUCACGCCCCAAGGUGAUGUACAAAAUGCUGAAGAUGUUGCAAAGCAACAUAAAGAACUUGAGUUUUAAAAUACAGUAAUGCAAAUUGGGUACAUAUGGCAGAGACGCACACAUCCCACUGGAAAAACUUGUCAGAACAAAAAAAAUAAAUGUACGUUUGAUGU